UGUGCGGGGCGACGGGGUAGACCUGGGCCGCUGCGGCGCGCGUUCCUGGCUACUGCGUUGACAUAGGCCGGCUGCAGACAGCGCUUCACCGGACGUUCCUCUUAGGGCUCGGUCAGGUGCCAGAGGCCGGCGCCUUCCGCUCCCCGGCUCGCUCUAAGGCCCUCAGUCUCUGCUCAUCUCAUCGUCGGCCGGGAAGACAUGAGCAACAAAGAAGGAUCAGGUGGGAUCAGGAAAAGGAAGCACGAAAAUUUCCCUCAUAACCAAAGACGAGAAGGGAAGGAUGUUAAUUCAUCUUCACCUGUGAUGUUGGCUUUCAAAUCAUUUCAGCAGGAACUCGAUGCAAGGCAUGACAAAUAUGAAAGACUUGUGAAACUUAGUCGGGAUAUAACUGUUGAAAGUAAAAGGACAAUUUUUCUCCUCCAUAGGAUUACAAGUGCUCCUGAUAUGGAAGAAAUAUUGACUGAAUCAGAAAUUAAGUUGGAUGGUGUCAGACAGAAGAUAUUGCAGGUAGCCCAAGAGCUAUCAGGAGAAGACAUGCAUCAAUUCCAUCGAGCCAUUACUAUAGGACUGCAGGAAUAUGUGGAAGCUGUUUCUUUUCAAUACUUCAUCAAAACGCGAUCACUAAUUAGUAUGGAUGAAAUUAAUAAACAAUUGAUUUUUACAACAGAAGACAAUGGGAAAGAAAAUAAGACCCCCUCCUCUGAUGCACAGGAUAAGCAGUUUGGUACUUGGAGCCUGAAAGUCACACCUGUUGAUUACCUCCUGGGAGUGGCUGACUUAACUGGAGAAUUGAUGCGGAUGUGUAUUAACAGUGUGGGGAAUGGGGACAUUGACACCCCCUUUGAAGUGAGCCAGUUUUUACGUCAGGUUUAUGAUGGGUUUUCAUUCAUUGGCAACACUGGGCCUUACGAGGUUUCUAAGAAGCUGUACACUUUGAAACAAAGUCUAGCCAAAGUGGAGAAUGCUUGUUAUGCGUUGAAAGUCAGAGGUUCAGAAAUUCCAAAACAUAUGCUGGCAGAUGUGUUUUCAGUUAAAACAGAAAUGAUUGAUCAAGAAGAGGGCAUUUCUUAGAAUAACAUUACUUAUUAUCCUCUUGAGAACUCCCAAGAGAGACCAAUUUGUAAGACUGUUACUCAGUAUUUCAUUUGACUCUAUUGUGGCUUUUUUGUAGAAAUGUUUUCAGUUGUACUUAUUUUUAAAUUGUAUACAAGCUGUACAUAAAGUUAUCCAAAUGAAUCAUUUCUAUGUCUUAUUCGUAAAAAUUUGCAUAAAGAUAUUUGCAAAUAUGCCUAUUUGAAUUUUUGCUGGUUAACCAUCCUCAUUGGAUUUUGUGAUGUGAACAUGCUUCAGAGUGCACUUCUGCCGUAUCUGUUUUAAUUUACCUCGUGUGAAUUUUGGAGCACUGAUAUUUAGUGGAAGCCAUUUAUAAUUUAAAUUGGUGAUUUUGUUAUCAGUAGAAAGAUUUCUUAGCUGUACAUUUGACUUGAGCUUCCUGUUUAAAUUUCUUGAUAUUAUUGUACCAAACUUCUAAAACAGGCUUAUUUCAUGGAAAAAGAACUUAAAAAUUAAUAAGCUAUGAUUAUUCUCUAAAUACAAGUUUUAUGAGGUAUUGUACUAAGAAUUCAUAUAUUCUGGCUAACUUUAAGCCAUUUGAAUUCAUGUGAAGCCGCCUUCCAGAAGAAUUGACAGGUUACUAGAUAUUAGUUGCUUCAUUUAUUUUUUUUGUCCUUUAUUGCAGAUCUUAUAAGGAAUUGGCUCCACUGGUGUUUGAAUCGAAUUAUAUAUUGCAAAUAGAACUGAAAGGCUUUCAGUAGUGAUUUUUUAGCUUUUUUUUUUUUUUUUUUUCGUUGUUGUUAUAUUGCAUUAGGCAUGUUUGGCAGCUUUCCUAUUCUAGCAUCUUUUAGAAAUUGUACUUAAAUAAUUAUAAGAGAGUGUUGAAAAAAAUUUGAAAUACUAAGUUAAUUCAAAUCUUUAGAGUUGUUAAACUGUGUUGAUUGGUAGUAUAAAAAGUUACCAAAGAAAAUUUAUCAUGUACAGUUCAGCAAUAAGACAAUUGUCAACACAAUUGAGAAUAACAAUGGUAGCCUCUAAUAGUAUUUAGAAUUGGAAUUUGCCUAUUAAAAUUAAUGAUAGCUUAUUCCAUGUGUUAUGAAACUGACGUGAGCAUGACACUAUCAGUUGAUGACCAGACAUUUCCUUUUGGUUUUGUGAGUUUUGAAAAUCUAGAUACUGGGUUUUAUUUUUGGAAAGAUUAGCUAAGGAAUGAUUCUUUGAAAAUGUAAUUUUCCAAAAAAUUUACCCAAAGGGAAAAAUAAAACGACAUGCCUAAUAAAUUAGAUUUAAUGUUGGUUUUUUGAUUAUUUUUUGUUUUGAGGGUGGUGGUGGUUUUUUUUUUUAAGCCUUUGUUUUCCUAUUCUAAGAUAUACUCCUGCUGAAAUAUAGUUCCAUUAUGUAUUUUUGUUCUGCCACUUGAAGUUAAAUCUGUAGUGUUAUAAGUAAAAUAAUAUUGGAUUGAUAGGUGUCUUACAGAUGUUUAAAUUCGAAGUCUUUUGAAUAAAAUGUUAAAAUACAGAAGUUAAGCUUAUUUUUUUAAUCAUAUUGAGAAAUAAUAAAAGUGUUUUAGAAAUUUUUGACCAAAACAGGAAACCUAAUGUAGACUAACUUAAUAUGAAGAUUUAUUAUUUUUUAAAAUAAGCCAGAAGUAAAGACGUUUUAAAGGUUGGUUAACUCAGCAGCUCAAUGAUGUUAUCAAGGACCCGGAAUCCUUCAUAUUUUCUGCUCUUUAGCAUCUUCAUCAUUUCCUCCUCCAACUAACUCCUUAUGAUUACAGGAUAGUUGCUGCAGUUUGAGGUACCAUGACAAUUUGACACUAUUUAUCAGAAGGGUAGAUUCUUCUUUGUGCUUUUGUAAGAGUAAAGAAACAUUUUCCAUAAGCUCUUGGAAAAAACAUCUCUUCAUAUGUCGUUGGCCCAAACUGGGUAACAUUCCCAUCCCUCUAAACCCAUCACUGGAAGAGAGAAUGAAAUUUCCUUGAUAGACCAAUCAGUUUAUCCAAGAGGAGAAGGGGAGACACUAAGAAGCUGAGUCAGGGUACUGCCGUGUAGCAAGGAAAAAUGGCCGUUGUGUAGGCUGUCAGCAGUAUCUGUGACAGAUGGGUUGGUGCCAUUACUGUUGAUACCUUUCCACAGAGCAUGUCCUACUGAUAAAUGGGUGUUAGUCUAGUAUGAUAGAGUAUCUCUAGACAUCCUGAGUGUCUCUCAAUUUUAAAAUGCUCUCUCUGGUAGCAACAGUUUUUAUCUUUAUGAUAAAAAGAAAUUGAUUCCUGGUCACAUGGGAAUUUGCUGACAGAAUCCAGAAGUAAAAUCGGGUUAUUUCCUUCCUAAGUAUGUAAUUUUCUCCAUAUGUUGAAUGAGUGGUUUUCAAAGUGCACAUUGCAGAGCCCUAGAGGCUUUUGAAGGUGACUCAAAGAAAGAUACUACUAAAUGCCAGCAAUUUUCCUGUGUUCAAUUUAGAAAUGUUCUUUGAAAAAGGCAGAGGUUAAAAGCUCUGGAAAAUAAAGAUAAAGCUUAAUAUUUAAGCUUGGAUAAAAAGUAUUGUGUAAGUAGGAUUAAUAAUGCUUUUGAUGCAGUAUCAGAAAUGACUGAUGGCAGUUAAAAUGAUGAAAAGUUAUAUUUUCUCUAGAAAUUUCUUUAAACAUUCAUUUUUGCUUGGGAACGAAGGCCCAGAUGCUGAAAAAUACUUCAAAAUCUCUUCAAACUUAAUUGAUUGGUUUUAUGUUUUAAUUUAAUUAAAACUAAAAUUAGGUUAAGAUAAACUUUUUGUUGUUGCUUUAAACUGCACCAGGCUUUAUUAGACAUAUUGGAAGGGGGGUGGAGAGAGGAGUCUGCUCUCAGUGUUUAGUGGGGGUGUUUAUACAAUUCGAUGGGAUAUUCCCCAGCUCUCCACUAAAGUGGUACCCAUGAGGGUCAGAACUAUUCAGUCUCCCACAGCUGUGAUCACUGCUGGUAGGGACCAUAUUCUCAUGUCUGAUGAGUGCUUGUAACCUGCCCCUUAAAAAAAAUAAGAUUCUCCUCCAACAGUAACAUAGUAUGAUUGUUCUGGUAGAGUCUGCUCCAUGAACCAUAGUGUCACGAUGACUCUGAGACAACCCUGUUCUACUCUGAGGGCAUAUUCUCUUUGCUAAUGCCCAGCCUCUCCUGCAGUGCUCAGGCAGUUUGCUUACUGCUAUCAGUUUGUUGGUAGGGCUGUACAGGAUGGCCCAAAUCACCUGACUGGGGGAUGGGAGGCAAGAGGACACGCUCAGUUUGAUAGUUCCCAGAUGUGGAGGGGAUAUCUCAGUCUUUAUGGACAGUGCUUCUUGAAGGUGGGUCUCUCAAAAAGCAGAAUAUUGCAGUGAGUGGGGGUAAUUCUUCAGUGCUUGGACCUCAUUAUGCAAAGAAAUCUAGAGUUGUCCUACCUAGGCUGGGUUAUCUCAGACAUCCGAAACAAGGUAUACAAGGUAAGUUUCCCAAAUACAGCAUUUACCCCAUGAUUACUUAAGAGAAUGUCUCUGUUCUUAAAUAUACAUAGAAAUAUUUAUGGGUAAAACAUCAAUGUAUCUGCUGUUUACUCUUAAAUGGUUCAGCAACAGUAACAACAACAUCAGUAUCUAUUAGUAUAUAUAUUUGGACUACACAAAUGUGGGGGGAAAAAGUUGAAUGUAGGUAGCAAAUAGCAUGCAGGGAGUCACUAUACCAUCCACCAACCUUUCUGUAAAUCUUGACAGUUCGAAAUGAAAUGUACUGAGAAAAAGAAAACCUGAUUUUGGAACCUAGAAAAGCCUAGGUUUAGGGAGUAGAGAAUAGGAGUCAAAUGAAAGCAUGGAGGAGUCAGGCAAUUUCUCAGAGCAGGUGGUCUCUGCUGCUUGUCUUAACGUGCCUGGGAGGGUGUAGAGUGUGGGAUAUAGACAAGCAAAAAUCCAAGGCAGCAUAGAACUGAGUAAUUGUGGCUGUAAUUCCAUUUCUGAGUAUCUAACAUACAUAUUCCCUGGUAACAGCAAAUGAACCCCAACUGUAUGUGUGUAGAACCUUUGUCUAUCUGUCUCUAACCCUGGGGCUGCAUGCGUGUCUCUCUGAAGUAGCAAAAGAAGAACUCCAACAUGGAUAUUGAUGGUUUCUCUAUUUUAGUGGGACUCUCAGACAAGAUAAAUAUUUUUUUCAAUUUUAUUGGAAUAUAAUUGAUGUACACUAAACUGCACAUAUUUAAAGUAUACAAUUUGAUCAGUUUUGGCAUAUGUAUAUGCCCAUGAAACUGUCACUGCAAUCAAGAUAACAGGUAUUUCCAUUACCCCCAAAAGUUUCCUUCCUUGUGCCUUACUUUGUAAUUCUUCUUAGCUCUAUCUCUGUCCCCAUGCAACCACUGAUCUGCUUUUUCUCACUGUAUACUACUAAACUUUUCAUUUUUAAUGUUACUGCAUGACAACGUGGAACAUGAAAAACUAAGAAUAUUGAGAGGAAGAAAGAACAGGAACUUAAAAUAUUGUAUGUUAAGUUGCUUAUUCUUAUGGACAGAUUUAUUCUUUGUUGCUGCCAUUGCAUAAAGGUUUUAAAAAAAGCUCUCAGGUUUCAUCAAAAACUUUCUCUAGGUUCUGUCCUUUAUAUCACAUACUUGCUGUUAAUUUGUGUACUUGAACAUGAGAAAAUUUCACCAAAUAGACCAUAAGUGAUUGCUGUUGUGUAGAUUUAAAAUAGUAAAUCCUUUCUUGUCAUCCUUCUCUUUAGUGUUCUUUUUUUCACUCCCUCUCCUUUGGUUGCUUCAGGUACACUGAAUAGGAUUAAUUAUAAUCCUUGGUUUUAUCAUCAUUGGUACACACAUGUCCAUAUUCUGUUUUCUGUUUUUCUCUUCCUCCCUCAUAAUGUUAUGGACACUGACCAACCCAAGAAUUCUAGAACAUUACCAAUAAUUUCUAUCUAUAUAUGUGCUGCUGCUCUUUCCCAUCUCCUUGUUCACCCUCUUAGUUACUUUGUGUUGCUGUAGCAAAAAUACCACAAGUGGAUGGCCUUAAAGAACAGAAACUUGUUUUCUCACAGUUUUUAGAGACUAGGAGUUGAAAGGUUGGGGAUGAGCAGGGCUCUGCUUUGUCCACUCUAAAACCUGUUGCCAUUGAGUUAAUUCCAACUCAUAGCGACCCAAGAGAAGAUUGUUUCUUGUCCUUUUCAGCUCCAGCAGCUCUGGGCAUUUCUUGGUAUCCCUUGGCUUGUAGAUGAAUCUCCACAUGGUAUCAUUUCAUGGGUGUUUCUAUGUCUAUUCUACUCUUUUUAUAAAAUACACCUUAGAAGGAAUUAGGUUUAGGACCCAUCCUACUCUAGCAUGACCUCAUUAACAUAACAAAAGAAAACCCAGUUUCCAAACAAGGUCACAUAGGUACAGGGAUUAGGACUUCAGCAUAUCUUUUUUGGGGACACAAUUGAAUCCAUAACAUCAUCUCAGAGGCAAAUCAAUUCUGAAGUUUGUGUUUAUUCUUGCUUUCCUCACCAGUUUUACCCAUAUAUCACACUGUUGUUGAGUCGAUUCUGACUCGGCGACCCUAUAGAACAGAGUAGAACUGCCCCAUAGAGUUUCCAAGGAGUGCCUGGUGGAUUCAGACUGACUGCAUGUAUGUGUUCAUAAACAGAGUAUUUAGUUUUACUUGAUUUUGUACUUCAAAAAAUAGAAGAGGAAUGAACACUUCCCAACGCAUGAGGCCAGUAUUACCUGUGACCAAAGCUAGAAGGAUUCAUAAGACAAGAUUACAGAUCAAUUUUUUCAUUAAUAUAUAUGCAAAAAUCUUCAAGAAAAUACUAGCAAACCAACUCCAACAGCAUAUAAAAAGUAUUAUACACUGUGACCAACUGGGAUUUAUCCCAGGAAUGCAAGAUUGUUUAAACAUAUGAAAGUCAAUGUAAUCAUAUUAACAGCAUGUAGGAGAAAACCAUGAUCAUCUGAAAAGAUUCACAAAAAUCGUUGGACAAAAUCCAACACCAUUUUAUGACGUAAACACUCAACAAACUAGGAAUAGAAAGGAUCUUGUUCAACCUCAUAAAGGGCACUUGGGAAAAACCCACGGCUAACAUACUUAAUGGUGAAGUAGAUGAAAGAAAGCUUUCGCCCUAGUAUCAGGAACAAGACAAGGAUGCCCAUUUCUAUUCAGGACAAUUAGGCAAGAAAAAUAAAGGACAUCCAGUUUGCAAAACAAUAAGUACAACUAUUUUUAGAUGAUAAUUUUCUAUUGGAAAACCCUAGGGUAUAAGGUCAACACAAUCUAUUGGUUAAUCAGUCACAAGAGGACAAAUAUUGUAUGACCUUACCUAUAUAAGAAGACAAAAGGCAAAUGCAUAGAGAACAAAGUCUAUCAGUGGUUACCAGGGGUAGGAGGGAGACAGAAAGGGAUGGGGGGUGGGAUUUGCUUAUGGAGUACUGAGUUUCAGUGUACAGUGAUGGAAAAAUCACCAUUUAUAGUACAGGUGCACAGUUGAUUGUAAAUGCUGUCAAGUUGUACACCUGUACAAAGUUAAAUUAGCAAAAGUACGAUUGACAUAUUUAAAACAACAAAAGAGUAGCUGCUGAGGCUGCUUAUGUACAACCAAACGCAGUGGAAUUUGGUUCCUUGGUUUGGAGGUUUAGGGUCAUGUUUUCAUGGGACAUCCCAGUUAAUUGGCCUAAUAAAAUGUUCGGUGCUGUUCUAUCUGGUAAUUCAGUGCAUAGCGCCUUGGGUUUUAAAGCUUGCAAGUGGCCAUCCAAAGCACAACAAUUGGUCUAUUAUUCUGCAGGAACAGGAAGGAGAGUUGGGAAUUAGAGGAGGAAAUGGAAUGUGUGUCUAAUUGUCUUUGUGAACAACUGUCUCCUUUGCCAUGAGACCAGAAGAACUGGAUGGUGCCCAGCUACCAUACUGAACAUUUUGAUCAAAGAUUCUGUAGAAGAAUCCUGAUCAAAACGGGGGAAGUGAAGAAUAGAAUUUAAAAUUCUCUUGGACUCCAGACUAUCUGGUUCCAUGGAGGCUGGAUGAGUCCCUGAAACUAUUGCCCUGAGAUAAUCUUUAAACCUUAAACCAAAAAUAUCCCCUGAAGUCAUCUUAAAACCGAGCAAUAGUUUAGCUUAAUUAGUAAAGAAUGUCUGCCUUGAGCAUUAUGCUCAUUUAAGAACUGUCUGGGAUCAAACUGACAACAGCAGCUCAAAAGAUUAGAUAGGAACCUUAGGGGGAAGUGAGUUUAUGUUAAUGGGGGAGGAACAACCCAGAAAAGGAGGGUGAGAAUGCUUGCACAAGUGGAAGAAUGUUAUCAAUUUCACUGAAUUGUAUAUGUAGAAACUGUUGAACUAGUGUAUGUUCUGCUGUGCAUGUUCACAACAGCAACAACAAAAUAAAAUUGAAGAAAAUCAAUUGAGUUUCUAUACCCCAGCAAUAAGCAAUCUGAAAAGGAAAUGAAGAAUUCAAUUUACUAUAGCAUUCUAAAAGAAUAAAAUACAUAGGAAUAAAUUUAACCAGGGAGGUGAGAAAUGUGUACACUGAAAACUAUAAAGCAUUACUGAAAGUAGAGAGACCUAAAUGGAAGGACAUUCUGUGUUUAUGGACUGAAAGUCUUAAUAUUGUUAAGAUGAUGUCAGUACUACCCAAAGCAAUCUAUAGAUUCAGUGCAAUCCUUAUCAGUAUUGCAGCAGUCUUCUUUGUAGAAAUGGAAAAGCCUGUCUUCACAUUUAUAUGGAACUACAAGGGGCCCUGAAUAGCUAAGAGAAUCUUGCAAAAAGAAGAAAAAAAUAGGACACACUGUACGAUUUCAAAAUGUGCUAUAAAGCUACAGCAAUCAAAACAGGCUGGUACUGGUGUAAUAACGGACACACAGAUCAGUGAAAUAGAAUUAAGAGUCCAGAAAUAAGCCCGUUAUACAUCUGUGGUCAAUUGAUAUGUGACAAGAGUGGAGAGUCUAUUCAGUGGAGGAAAGAGUAGUAUCUUCAAUAACUGGUGCUGGAACAACUGGAUCUCCACACAAAAGAAUGAGGCUGGAUUCAUAGCUCAUGUUGUUGUUGUCGUUAGGUGCCGUUGAGUCGGUUCCGACUCAUAGCAACCCUGUGCACAACAGAACGAAACGUUGCCCGGUCCUGUGCCAUCUCCACAAUUGUUGAUAUGCUUGAGCUCAUUGUUGCAGCCACUGUGUCAAUCCACCUCAUUGAGGGUCUUCCUCUUUUCCACUGACCCUGUACUCUGCCAAGCAUGAUGUCCUUCUCCAGGGACUGAUCCCUCCUGACAACAUGUCCAAAGUUUGUAAGAUGCAGUCUCGCCAUCCUUGCUUCUAAGGAGCAUUCUGGUUGUGCUUCUUCUAAGUCAGAUUUGUCCGUUCUUUUGGCAGUCCAUGGUAUAUUCAAUAUUCUUUGCCAACACAACAAUUCAAAGGUGUCAACUCUUCGGUCGUCCUUAUCACCAUAUAUGAAAAUUAACCCCAAAAUGGAUCAGCAACAUAAAUGUAUGAACUAAAACUAUGAAACUCUUGGAAAAAACACAAGGGUAAUCCAAUCCUUGGGUACUUGGUUUUUGACAAUGGAUUCUUAGACAUGGACCAAAAGCAUGAGCAAUAAAAGGUAAAGUAGAUAAAUUGGACUUUAUUAAAAUUAAAAAUAUGCAUGAAAAAGUCUUUAUCAACAAAGUGAAGAGACAACCUACAGGUUGAGAGAAAAUUUUGGGGAACCACAUAUCUGAUAAGGGUUUAAAACCCAAAAUAUGUAAAGAACUACAGUGUAACAACAAAAAGGCAACCCAAUCAAAAAAUGGACAAAAGAAUUGAGUAGACAUUUCACCAAAGAAGAUACAAAUAGCCAAGAAACACAAGAUGAUUAAUGUCAUUAGUCAUUAGAGAAAUACAAGUCAAAACCACAAUGUGAUGCCACUUCCUCUCCACUAAACCAAACCAAAACCAAACCCAUUGCUGUUGAAUCGAUUCUGACUCAUAGCGACUCUUUAGGACAGAGUAGAACUGCCCUACAGGGUUUACAAGGCUGUAAUCUUUAUGGAAGCUGACUGCUACAUCUUUCUCCCACGGAGUGGCUUGUGGAUUUGAACAGCUUACAUUUUGGCUAGCAGCUGAAUGCUUAACCUUUGUGCAAGCAAGGCUCUUUCACCCCCCAAUAGGGUGGGUAUUAUCAGAAAAAUGGCAAACAAGUGUUGAGGAUGUGGAAAAAUUGGAACCCUCAUCAAUUGUUGGUGGGAUUGUAAAAGGGUGCAUCCACUAUGGAAAACAGUUUGGUGGUUCCUCAAAAAGUCGAACAUAUUCAUAUAUAUAGGGUGAACUGAUUGUUGAUAAAGAUGCUAAACUCUUACAAUGGGGAAGGAAGACCCUUUUCAAUAAAUGGUGCUGGGAAAGUUGAAUAUCCGUAUGCAUAAGAAUAAACCAGGACCCAACCCUUACACUGUGCACAAAAACCAAAGUGGAUCGAGGAUCUUAAUUUGAAAACUAAAACCAUAAAAUUCAUAGAAGAAAAUGCAGGAACAAAGCUGUGGGACGUAAGUUUUGUGAUGCAGGAGCAGCAAAAGACAAAUAGGACCUCAUGAAACUAAAUAUUUCAGUUCUUCAAAAGACUAUCAAAAAAGUGAAAAGACAGCAUACAGAGUGGGAGAAAAUUUGGGGGAACCAUAUAUCCAAUGAAAAUCUGAUAUCCAGAAUUUGUAAAAUACUUCUACAACUUCAACAACAAAAAAGGCAACCCAAUUAAAAAAUGGGUGAAGAAUGUGAACAGACAUUUCACCAAAGAAGAUAUUCAAAUGGCUAACAAGCAUAUGAAAAAAUAUUUAAUGUCACUAACCAUUAAGGAAGUGCAAAUCAAAAUCACAAUGAAAUACCCUUUCACCCCCGUAAGAAUGGCAAUGAUCAAAAGAAUGCAAAACACUAGAUGGUGUUGAAGAACCCUCAUCCAUUGCUGGCGGGAGUGAAAAAUGUUACAGCCAGGGUGGACAACAGUUUGGUAGUUCCUCAAAAAGUUGAACAUAAAAUUACCAUUAAAAAAAAAAACAAAAACCACUGCCGUCAAGUUGAUUGCGACUCACAGCGACCCUAUAGGACAGAGUAGAACUGCCCCAUAGAGUUUCCAAGGAGCACCUGGCGGAUUUGAACUGCCGACCUCUUGGUUAGCAGCUGUAGCACUUAACCACUCUGCCACCAGGGUUUCCGAAACUACCAUAUGACCCAACAAUUUCACUCCUAGGUAUAUACACAAAAGACCUAAAAACAAAGAUAUGAAUAGACAUAUGUACACCAAUGUUCAUUGCAGCACUAUUCACAAAGGGUAGAAACAACCAAAAUGUCUAUCAACUGAUGAAUGGAUAAGCCAAAAGUGGUGUAUACUAAACAAUGGAAUGUUACCCAGCCAUAAAGAGGAAUGAAGUCCAUGCCAAACAUGGAUGAACCUCGAGGACAUUAUGUUGAAGGAAAUAGGUCAAACACAAAAGGUUAUUGUAUAGUAUCACCUACAUGAAAUAAGUAAGUAUAUAAGAAUAUAUUUACUUAUUUCAUGUAUAAAAUAUAUAGAAACCAAAAGUAUUUAGUGGUUACCAGGGGCAAGAGAGAGGGGGAAGAAGGGGUUUUAGGUUAGAGUGCAUUGUAGCAAUGUUAAGAAUGGUGGGAUAGUUUGGAAAAAGUUAAAAUGAGUGUACAACUUGAAGAAUGUAAUCAAUGUCACUGAAGUGUACCUAUAGAAAUUUAUGAAAUGUUGUAUUGUUUAUGUGUCAAUCCAUCUCAUUGAGGGUUUCUUCAUUUUCACUGACCUACUUUACCAAUCAUGAUGUCCUUUCUAACAAUUCGCCUUUCCUGAUGACACGUCCAGAGUAAAUGAGCCAAAGUCUCAUCAUUCUCACUUCUAAGGAGCAUUCGGGUUGUAUUUCUUCUAAGACUGAUUUGUUCGUUCUUCUGAGAGUACACAGUAUAUUUAAUAUUCUUCGCCAGCACCACAAUUUGAAAGCAUCAAUUCUUCUGUCUUCCUUUUUUAUUGUCCAGCGUUCGCAUGCAUGUGAGGUGAUUGAAAAGACCAUGGCUUGGGUCGGAUGCAUCUUAGUCAUGAAAGUGACAUCUUUGCUUUUUAGAAAGUUUCUAUUAAGAUGAUUGGUUUACAUAAUUCUAUUUGAACUUAUUUCAAGGACUGCUUUAUUAAUUUGAGGCUAUUAUGUUUAAGAUUAUCAAACCUUUCUUGUGAAUUGAACUUUUUUACCAUUACGUGGUGACUGUCUCCAUCCCUAGUGACGCUUCUUGUCUCACGGUAUUUUGUCUGAUACCAGUAUAACUACAUCAGCUUUGUUUUGGUUAUUAUUUGCUUGAUAGAACUUCUUUUAAUUCUUUAAAUUUCCCUUUGCCGUUAGGCCUUUGGUGUGUUUCUUAUAAACAGCAUCUUACUGCAUUUGGUGUUAAAUUAUUUUACAAAUUGGCAGUCCCUGACCUUCAGUUGGUGAGUUUAAUCUGUUUAUUUGUUUUGCUCAUUAAUAUAUUAAGAACUUUCCUCUUACCACUUGCUUAGUUCUUUUUAGACUUUUUCACUAGGGUUGAACUUUGGUUUCAUAAUUAAUUUCAGUAAAUAUUUAUGGAGUGCUUAUGAGCAAGAUAUUGUCCUGACUAGACUUUUCUUUGUAGACCCAGAUUAAUCUACCGUGACCUCUUAUUUUUUGAGGAAUAAUUUUUCCCCAUAUUUGGAAAUUAUGUACAUGCCCAGUUAGUGUCUGUUGGCAGACUCUUAUUGUUUUCUUCCCCAAUUUAGCUGUUGAUUGUAUGGCUUCUACUGGUAUCAUCUUUACUAUAUCUUUUAAUAGUCUUUCCGAAAAUCUAUUCAGAAAAGUACAGUUGAAUCCUUGUGGAAGUACAGUACCUCAGGAAACAUUUUAAUUCUUUCUUUGAGUGCACAAAUUCAUUGCAUCCAGAAUUAUGGAGAUAUUUUUGGCAGCUGUUGCAGUCCAGAGCAAUAUUCAUUACUACUAACUGGAGAUGAGUCGUAUACCCAGAUGAUCUUACUAGGCCUAUGUCAGUUCCUAAUUUGGAGUGGCUCUGCAAACAAUAGAUAAGGUUCUAAUUUCUAUUAUGAUUGGUGAAAUUUUCAGUAUCACUGUUUAGUGCAGACUCUCCGUUUGGGCUCUGUGGAUCCCUAGAAGAAUUAUGGAGGGUGUCUUAGGUAUCUAGUGCUGCUAUAACAGAAAUACCACAAGUGGAUGGCUUUAACGAAGAGAAAUUUAUUUUAUCACAGUCUAGUAGGCUACAAGUCCAAGUUCAGGGCGUCACCUCCAGGGGAAGGCUUUCUCUCUCUUUCAGCUCUGGAGGAAGGUCCUUGUCAUCAAUCUUCCUCUGGUCAAGGAGCUUCUCAGCACGGAGACCAAAGGACGCACUAUUCUUCUGGCUCUUGUUUCUUGUUGGUAUGAGAUCCUCCGUCUCUCUGCUUGCUUCUCUCUUUUAUAUCUCAAAAAAGAUUGGCUCAAGACACAAUUCAGUUUUGUAGAAUGAGUCCUGCCUCAUCAACAUAACUGCCACUAAUCCCAUCUCAUCAACAUCAUAGAGAUAGGAUUUAAACACAUAGGAAAAUUACAUCAGGUGACAAAAUGGUGGACAAUCGUACAAUACUAAGAAUCAUGACCUAGCCAAGUUGACAGAUGUUUUGGGGGGGCAUGAUUCAAUCUAUGACAGAGGGGAUUGGUGUCUUUGGAACCCUUAUACUUAGAGCCACCCAAAAGUCUAGAAAGUACCUGAUGGUCAACAACUUGUUCAGUAUGAUUGGUGUGACAUUUGCAGCCCAUAAUUUUUUUAUGUAAGGCUUUAAAAGCUUUGAGAUUAUUUGUACAUUAAAUUCCAACCCACAGGUUAACAAUAGUACUACCUUUUGUUUCAUUUAUAUAAAUUCAGCUGAUUCUCAUAUAGCUCUGUGUGGUAGCCAGGGGAUUGUAAUAUCUCUCUUCUGCACACAACCUUUUCUUUCCUGUUUAUAAAUAAUGUAUCUAAAAAUUAGAGUGAUUAAGUAACUUGCUCAAGAUUAUCUAAAAAAGAUUAUCUACCAUGUGUUAAACAUAAAUUUGGAAUUAGAAACCACAUCUAAUGAAACUUAGAUUACACCUUUUCUGAAAUAGCGUGCUACUUUAUGUGGUUUUUUUAUAUGUGACCUUCGGCAGGUUCUCCUUGAGCCAUAAUCUUUUUGAACCUCAGUCUUCUCAUCUGUUGAAUAAUCUCUGACCUACUUUCCUAGGUGUUUUCAUAGCUAAACCAUACAAUCUAUGUGAAAAUGCAUUACAAGGUACUAAGAACCCAGGAAUGUAACUCAAUAAAUAGACUAUACCUAUAAAAUUUUGCAUAUAUUUGAAGGGGAGUCAUCAACCCUCUGAAAUCCACAAUGGAUGCUCUAAAACUAGGCCCCUAAACCCAAAUUAAGAACUCUUAUCAUAAGAGGAAUCCAAAGAUGUCUUUCACAUUGUACUAUUGUAUAUGCAUGUAGUCUCUGUGUUGAUAUUUUGAAAGAAACAGAAUUCAAAUUUUGUUAUAUAAUUUGUGAAAGUGAAAUUCUGAUGUUAGAGUGUUUUUCUAGAGAAGAACGUCUGUGACUUUCAUGUUAUCAUCAAGUGAGUCUUUGACCUGAAAAAGCUAAGAAUCACUGCUCUUGAUGAUUUCUUAAGGUCCCAUGCACCAUCAAAGGCUUUAUAAAUGUAUUCGGAUUUUAAGUAGAUGAUAUGAUUCUCAGGAUUUGGGAAGUAGUGAGUUUUUCUUUUGUUCUUCUUUAAACACGAAGUGAAAUUCUAUUGAACAAAGGUUUCAGAGUUGCAGCUUCCUUUGUCCCCUAAUGAAAGUUCUAAUGUAGAAUCACAUUGAUAUUUUAAUUCAGAGAUUACCUAUUGUGAUUGUCCUCCAUGUAGAUACAAUUUUGUAUGUCUUAGAAGAAAUGCUUUUUGCCUUUGUGGAAUAAAGUAAGCAUACAUAGUUAAUUUUCAGUUGUAUCAUCUGCAGAUUUUAGGAAAAAAGUAUUUAUUUCCAACUGGUCUACUUUUUCUGGAAAAAACUUUUUUUUUGUAACUGUCCUUAAUGACUUUUCCAAUGCCAAGCAUUUAUUUGAAUACCCAAACUCAGAAGUGUUACUUUAAGAAACAUGGUAGGGCAAUGUCAAGCUAACACAAGGAACACAGGACUCAAAGUCAACAGUGUUUUCCCAGACUGAAAAUGCAAAUGAAAGCUCUAAGACUGCCUACUUAAUACUGUCUACCAGAUACACACACACUCACACACACACCCCAGAGGAAUUUCUCUGGGACUCUUCUCAGUACUUCCGUACGUGCUGGUAAAAUGCGUAAGAGCCUAUAAUAUCCAACAGGCAGAGCCCUAAUGACACUGACCCUUCAGGAAUGAAGACGUGGUUUAUCCACCAGGUAAUGACCUCAGGUAACUGAGGUUUUGGCUGAAGGCAAAGGGAAAUUAUGAAUACCAACUGUCACCUUAGGGCCAAUGGCAGAAACAAGGAUUUUAGUAAUAAUGCAUGUUUUCUACUUGAUUUAUUGUGUAUAUAUUUUAUAUAUUAAUAAGUUGUGUCUUUUUUUCUUCCCCUCUCUUUAGGCUGUUAUUUUACAGAGCACGUGUUGUUCUUGGUUAAUCUUUUAAUUUCGCCUUCAAGUUGAUAGGAGAGCAAAGGCAAGUUGUAUUGAACUAAAGAGAGAAUGAAUGCAUAUAUAUAUAUAUGUAUGCACACUGAUAGGACUUUGUCUCUCCCCAUUUAAGAAGGUGAUCGUGCCUUAAUUCUAUGAAGGAUCAUUGCAUCACAUUAGGUGGAAGCAUGAUGCUUGGACGUUUAAGUACAGUUAGAAGGGUGCGUAUGAAUGCUGAGUAACCAAAGGAGUGGACUAUGUCAGGUAUUGCCUAUUGAUACUCAGUACUAUACCUGCCCUUCUAAACUCUUAUUGUAGGGUUCGAAAGCCCAGACACUUCCCAGACUCCCUUGCUAAGAGGAUUUUAGUUGCAUUCCACCAAUGAGGGGCACGUGUAAUAUUUGGAAGGGAAAAGAGAAACAAAAGCCAUUAUUUUUCCAACAGCAUCAGAGGACAGGCGGACAGGCUUUUGAGAUGGUAUACGUGAGGUUUUGCAGGAGCUUCUGCGUUCUGUUAAUCACCUGCUUCAGUGCUGCAGGCUGCUGAGGUCAUCAGCCAUGGUUUCCUGUAAUUCCUGCAACGUCUUGAUUUCCUGAACUCACUGGCAGCUCUCCCAGAUCUUCCUUUCCCUCAGCCCUUCCAAACGUUUUGGAAGCACCUGUGUUAAAUCCUUUUCAGAGUCUAGAAAUGCCUACAGUGCUUUCUGUUUGCCUGACUGAAUACUGACUGAUAGAGCCAGUUUUCAGAGAUGAUAUACAAAUGAAUCUUAAGCAUAGGAAUAGAUGCCCAAUCUCUCUCAUAAGAGAAAUGAAAAUUAAAACUACAAGGUACCCUUUUCACAUAUCAGAUGGGUUAAGAUUUGAAGUUUGGUAACAGUGUGUUGGUGUGGCGGAGAUGGGCACUCACACUGCUGUGAACCGUGCAAAUUGGUAGAUAACGUAGGGAGGGCAUGUUGGCAGUAGCUCAGCUCUCAAGUUCAUCCAUAUGCUUAUGAAAUCACAUGUUCAAAAAACACUCAUCACAGCAUUGUUUGAAAUAUCAAAAAAAUUGAAACUUAAGUGUCCGUUCAUGGAGGACAAGUUAAAUAAAUUAUUGUACAAUCGUAAAAUUAAAUGCUAUAAAGCCUUUGAGAAGAAAGACAUCUAAGCCAUUUUAACUGAAAAAGGAAAAGGUAUAUAUGCCACUACUGUGUGAAAAAAGUUAAAAGAAUAUAUGUUUUUGUAAAUGUACAGACUAUCUCAAAAAGGACACACAAAAUGGCAAUAGUGCUUGCCUUUGGGGAGGGGAUAUUAGGUCGUUGGGGAAUCAGGGAGAAGGGACUCGUAUUUUGAUUUUUUGACUAUUCCUUACCCAUUCAGCAGAAGAAAAGAUCUCUCUUUAGGUGCCUUCAAAAUGUCAAGGCAGGCAUACGUUUGACAAAGGCUGUUUUGCUGGGCAUGUCAGGGGCAGCAUUAAAUUAGGACACUUUGCCUAAGAUCGCCAAUGUUUCUUUCCACUGAUGGAACUAUUUACUUCCUAAACAAAAUUGGUGUCAUACACAUUUAUUUCAGCUCUCCCUCUGCAAUGCCCUUCAUUCAAAUGUGAAUUAGUAAGCCUGAAAAUAAAGGUAGCGUAUUUGCAGGCUUUCUAUGAUGUAAAAAGCUGACAACCAAGGAUAAAAUUGGUAUUAUCGCUCACCUUGUUUCAGUCUUCUCCAAAGAGGAUUUGGAAUGUACAAAGACGUAGGUUUUGGAGGGCUAGAAAAACCAGUGUUAAUAGCGUAACACUCCGCCCUUGCUGUUUUCAGAGGUAACUACCAACCUGAAGGUUGGAAUAUAGCCUUCUGAUACGUAUUUUGAUGUUUUUCCUACAUACGUAUGUUCCCAAAAUUGUUUGUUUUGUUUGCUUUUUAAGUUUAUGUAAUGUCAUACUGAACAUAUCUUUUUGGAACUAGCUGGGUCAGUUUGGUUUUGGUAAUGACUAAAGAUGUUGAGUAUCUUUUCAUGUACUUGUUGGCCAUUUGAGUACCCUCUUUGGUGAAAUGUUUGUUCAAGUCCUUUGCCCAUAUUUUUAUUGGGUUGUUUGUCUUUUGUUGUUAAGUUGUAGAAGUUGCAUAUAUAUUUUGGGUAUUAGGCCCUUAUCUAUCAUGUCUAAAAAUUUUCUCCCAGUCUAUAAGUUGUCUUUUUGCUUUGCUGGUAAAGUCCUUUUUAUGUACCAAACAUAGAAUUCCAUUUUAUGAACAACAAGGCUAGUCUUCUCCCCUCACCUGCCCCUCAUACUAUUUUCCCCUUAGUUUAUAACGAAACCAUCCUUUCAGCUGGUCAGGCAUAAUAAGAGUCAUCCUUGGUUCCUCUCUUUGACUCACAUUCCACGUUCGAUCUAUCAGAAAUUUUGUAGGCUUUUAUCUUUAAAAUAGAGCCCUAGUGGCACAGUGGUGAAGCGGUAGGCUGCUAACCAAAAGGUUAGCAAUCGAAAUCCACCAGCUGCUCCUUGGAAACCGUAUGGGGCAGUUCUGCUCUGUCACAACAUGUCGGAAUUGACUCGAAGGCAAUGGGGUUUUUUUUUUUUUUAAUAAUUUUUAUUGUGCUUUAAGUGGAAAAAAAAAAAAAACUUUUUUUUUAAGUGAAAGUUUACAGAUCAAGUCAGUCUGUCACACAUAAGCCUAUAUACACCUUACUACAUACUCCCAUUUACUCUCCGCCUAAUGAGUCAGCCUGCUCCCUCCCUCCAGUCUCUCCUUUCGUGACUGUUUUGCCAGUCUCUAACCCUCCCCUCCCAUCUCCCCUCUAGACAGGAGAUGCCAACACAGUCUCAAGUGUCCACCUGAUACAAGUAGCUCACUCUUCAUCAACAUCUUUCUCCAACCCAUUGUCCAGUCCCUCCCAUGUCUGAUGAGUUGUCUUCGGGAAUGGUUCCUGUCCUGGGCCAACAGAAGGUUUGGGGACCAUGACUGCUGGGAUUCUUCUAGUCUCAGUCAGACCAUUAAGUCUUGUCUUUUUAUGAGAAUUUGGGGUCUGCAUUCCACUGUUCUCCUGCUCCCUCAGGGGUCCUCUGUUGUGCUCCCUGUCAGAGCAGUCAUUGGUUGUGGCUGGGCACCAUCUAGUUCUUCUGGUCUCAAGAUGAUGUAAGUCUCUAGUUCAUGUGGCCCUUUCUGUCUCUUGGGCUCAUAGUUAUCGUGUGACCUUGGUGUUCUUCAUUCUCCUUUGGUCCAGGUGGGUUGAGACCAAUUGAUGCAUCUUAGAUGGCCGCUUGUUAGCAUUUAAGACCCCAGACUCCACACUUCGAAGUGGGAUGCAGAAUGUUUUCAUAAUAGGAUUUAUUUUGCCAAUUGACUUAGAAGUCAGCAAUGGGGUUUUUAAUCUUUAAAAUAUAUCCAGCACCCAACAUUCUUUGAUCACCCUGGUCCAAGCCAUUACCAUCUCUUACUUGGUUUACGGCAAUAGCUCCCUAACUGGUCUUCCUGGUGCCAUCCUUGCUUCCCUACAGAGUAGUCAGAGUGAUCCUUUAAAAAAUGCAGUCAGAUCACCUUGCUUUUCUGUUUAAAUUACUGUCAAAAAAAAAAAAAAAAAAAACCAAACCCAUUGCAGUUGACUGGAUUAGGACUCAUAGUGACCCUAUGGGACAGAGUACUACUACCCCAUAGGGUUUCCAAGGAGUGGCUGGUGGAUUUGAACUGCCAACUUUUUGGCCAGCUACUAACUUAAUACAGAGUAAAAAGCCCAUGUCCUUACAAUGGCCCACAAGACUGGCCCACAUAAUCUGCACCCUUCUUCAUUUUAGUCUAAUUCUCUCUUGUUCUCUUCACUCCAACCCCCCUGGCCCUCUGCUCUGGAUCUUUUCCCUGUCUGUUCCUUCUGCCUGGUGCCCCUCCUUCCACAUAUCUGUAUGGUGAUUCUGUCACCUUUUUUUAGUUUGUGCAAAUGUUCCACCUACUUAAUGAGACCUACCUUGAGCUUCUAAAUUGCCGCUUACCACCCACUCCACACCUCAGUGCUGCUGCCUUACACAAUUCCAGAGGGUGACGUUUAUAUAGAAUAUAAUAUGAAUGGCAUCCUUGAAGCUGUGGAAAGUCGCAUUGCCUUGGCCUAUUCUGUUGCUUGUAGCACUUAUCCCAUCUAGUAUACCAUGUAACUUAUGUGCUAUACUUGUUUAUCUCCCUUCACUAGUGCAUAAACUCCCCAAGGAGAGGAAUGUUUGUCUGUUCUACUUGCUGGUGUAUCCCAAACAUGUUGAAUGGUCCCUGGCACAGAAUGGUCACUCAGUGAAUAUUUGUAGAAUGAAUGAACACUUAGAUUUUCCCCCAAAGUUUUGAUAUCAUAAACACUGCAGUAGUGGAUAUCCUUAGCUCAUCUCUCUGUGGGCACUUGUAAGAAUUUCUCUAGGUAGAAUAUCUAGUAAUGAAAGUGCUUGGUCUUAGAGUAUAUGCGUGUUUAGCUUUAUUAGAUAUUGCUAAAAUGCUUGUACCAAUUUACACUUCCUUCUGCAAUGUGGAAGAAUUUGUGUUUCCACAUAGUAAUUUUGCCAGUGCUGGUGGUCAGUCUUAUGGGUUUUAAAUAGUAUCUCUCUUAGUUUAGUAUGAAAUAUGUUUUCGUCAGCCAAAAACUAUUGAAUAUUGACAAUUUAAUGUGAUUUAAUAUUAACAGUGUCUCCACAAUUAUAAUUUUUUUGUCAUUCAGCUUACUUUUGUAAUUUACGUGUUCAUAUAUGUUUGAUAUUUAUCUAUUAGAUUUUUAAUUUUCAAAUCAACUUUCUAAGUUCAUUGAAAACUUUUGGAAUUUGUAUUUUAAUUACAUUGAUAUUUAUGCAUGGAUUUUUUGAGAACCGCCAUCUUUAUAAUUUUUUCUACCCAUGGGCAGGGUAUUAUUUCUCCAUUUAUUUAGGUUUGUUGAGUCCUUCAGUGAAGCUUUAUAAUUUUAUUUGUAGAUCUUGCUCAUGUUUUGAGAAGUUUACUCCUUGGUAUCCAUAAAGUAUUGUUAUUGUGUGGAAUGGUAUCUUUUUCAAUGAUACUUUCUCAUUUAUAUUUUACGUUAGAACAAUACUGAUUUCUCUGUAUUGUUCUUAUAUCCAACAAUCUUUCUGAAUUCUUUUUUUUAAUAUUUAAUUUUAUUUUGUUGUUGUUGAGAAUGUACAUAGCAAAAUGUACACCAAAUCAACAGUUUCUACAUGUACUGUUUAGUGACAUUGAUUACAUUCUUCGAGUUCUGUAACCAUUCUCACUCCCCUUUUCUGAGUUGUUCCCCCCCAUUAACAUUAGUUCACUGCUCCCUAAGGUUCCUAUCUAAUCUUUUGAGUUGUUGUCGUCACUUUGAUCCCCUGUAGAUAGUUCUUAAAGGAGCAUAAUGCUCAAGGCAGACAUUCUAUACUAGUUAAGCUGAACUAUUUUUUGGUUCUCAGAAGACUUCAGGGGGUAUUUUUGAUUUAAGGUUUAAAGAUUAUCUCAGGGCAACAGUUUCAGGGGUUCAUCCAAACAUCAUGUCUCCAGGAAAUCUGGAGUCCAUGAGAAUUUGAAAUCCUGUUUUUUAUUUUCCCUUUUUUUGAUAAGAAUUCUUCUAUGGAAUCUUAGAUCAAAAUGUUCAGUAAUGGUAACUGGGCACCAUCCAGUUCUUCUGGUCUCAUGGUAGAGGAGGCAGGUGUUCAUGGAGGCAAUAGCCACACAUUCCUUUCCUCCUCCUAUUCCUGACCCUCCUUCUUCUUCUGUUGUUUCAGGUGAAUAGAGACUAAUUGUUGUGCCUUAGAAUGGCCACUUGUAAGCUUUUAAGACCCCAAGCACCAUGCAAUGAACCAAGAGGUAGAACAGAGACACUAAACAUGUUAUUAGUCCAAUUAACUGGGAUAUCCCAUGAAACCAUGAACCUAAACUUACAAACCAAGAAACGAAAUCCCAUAAGCAGCCUCAGCAGUUACCCUUUUUAAAAUUUUUUUUCAUUGUUGUAAAUACAUCUAUCACACGACUUUUGCCAAUUCAACUUUUUACAGGUGUACAACUUACAGCAAUUACAAUAAUUGGCUGUGCAACCCUACCCUUUUUGAACAUGUUAUUUCCAUCACCGUUAACUCCCCAUUCCCCUCCUUCCCACCCUUAGUUGUUGCUUUCUUUUUCACUCAUAGCGACCCUACAACAGAAUGAAACACUGCCUGGUCCUGCGUGCCAUCUUCACUAUCUUUGUUAUACUUGAGCCUGUUGUUGCAGCCACUCUGUCAGUCCAUCUCGUAGCGGGUUUUCCUCUUUUUUGCUUACCCUCUGCUUUACCAAGUAUGAUACCCUUCUCCAGGGAUUUGUCCCUCCUGAUAACAUGUCCAAAGUACGUGAGAUGAAGCCUCGCCAUCCUCGCUUCCAAGGGGCACUCUGACUGUAUUUCUUCCAGGACAGACUUGUUUGUUCUUCUGGCAAUCCAGAGUAUAUUCAAUAUUCUUCGCCAACACCAUGAUUCAAAGGCGUCAAUUCUUUGGUCUUCCUUUUUCAUUGUCCAGCUUUCACAAGCAUAUGAGGCGAUUGAAAAUACCAUGGCUUGGGUUAGGCAUACCCUAGUCCUUAAAGUGACAUCUUUGCUGUUUAAUACUUUAGGGAGGUCUUUUGCAGCCGAUUUGCCCAAUGCAAUAUGUCAUUUGCUUUCCUGACUGCUGCUUCCUUGGGUGUUGACUGCGGAUGCAAGUAAAAUGAAAUAAUUGACAAUGUCAGUCUUUUCUCCUUUUAUCAUGAUGUUGCUUAUUGGUCCAGUUGUGAAGAUUUUUGUUUUCUUUUAUGUUGAGGUGCAAUCCAUACUGAAGGCUGUAGUCUUUGAUCUUCAUCAGUAAGUGCUUCAAGUCCUCUUCAUUUUCAGCAAGCAAGGUUGUUUCAUCUGCAUAUCACAGGUUAUUAGUCUAACUGAUGCUGAGUUUUUUUUUUAAUAAUUUUUAUUGAGCUCUAAGUGAACGUUUACAAAUCAAGUCAGUCUGUCACAUAUAAGCUUAUAUACACCUUACUCCAUACUCCCACUUACUCUCCCCCUAAUGAGUCAGCCCUUCCAGUCUCUCCUUUCGUGACAAUUUUGCCAGUUUCUAACCCUCUCUACCCUCCUAUCUCCCCUGCAGACAAGAGAUGCCAACACAGUCUCAAGUGUCCACCUGAUACAGGUAGCUCACUCUUCAUCAGCAUCUCUCUCCAACUCAUUGUCCAGUCCCUUCCAUGUCUAAUGAGUUGUCUUCGGGAAUGGUUCCUGUCCUGGGCCAACAGAAGGUUUGGGGACCAUGACCACCAGGAUUCCUCUAGUCUCAAGCAGACCAUUAAGUCUGGUCUUUUUAUGAGAAUUUGGGGUUUGCAUCCCACUAUUCUCCUGCUCCCUCCGGGGUUCUCUGUUGUGCUCCCUGUGUUCUUCUUUAUAUAGCCCAACUUCUUGGAUUAUUUGCUCAGCAUAGAGAUUGAAUAAGUAUGAUGAAAGGAUACAACCCUGACCCACACCUUUCUUGAUUUUAAACUAUGCAGUAUCCUCUUGCUAUGUUUGAACGACUGCCUCUUUGUCUAUGUGCAGGUUCCUCAUGAGCACAAUUAAGUGUUCUGGAAUUCCCAUUGUUCUCGAUGUUAUCCAUAAUUUGUUAUGAUCCACAGAGUCGAAUGCCUUUGCAUAGUCAACAAAAUGUAGGUAAACAUCUUUCUGGUAUUCUUUGCUUUCAGCCAAGAUCCAUCUAACACCAGCAAUGAUAUCCUUCGUUCAAUGUCCUUUUUUGAAUCCAGCUUGAAUUUCUGGCAGCUCCCUGUCAAUGUACUGCUGCAACCAUUUUUGAAGGAUUUUCAGCAAAGUUUUACUUGUGUGUGAUGUUAAUUAUUCGAUAAUUUCUGCAUUCCGUUGGAUCAUCUUUCUUUGGAAUGGGCACAAGUAUGGAUAUCUUCCAGUCAGUUGGCCAGGUAGCUGUCUUCUAAAUUUCUUGGUGUAGACAAGUGAGCACCUCCAGCAUUACAUCCCUUUGUUGAAACAUCUUGAUUGGUAUUCUGUCAAUUCCUGGAAUCUUGUUUUUCAUCAAUGCCUCCGGUGCAGCUUGGACAUCUUCCUUUAAUACCAGUUCUUUAUCAUAUGCUACCUCCGGAAAUGGUUGAAUGUCAACCAAUUCUUUUUGGUACAGUAAUUCUGUGUAUUCCUUCCAUCUUCUUUUGAUGCUUCCUGCAUCAUUCAGUAUUUUACCCAUUCCAAAAACCCACUGCCGUUGAGUCAAUUCUGACUCAUAGUGACCCUAUGGGACAGAGUAGAACUGCCCCACAGAGUUUCCAAGUGCCUGGUGGAAUUGAACUGCUGAGCUUUUGGUUAGCAGCCAUAGCACUUAACCACUAUGCCACCAGGGUUUCCAUUUUACCCAUAGAAUCCUUCAGAUUUUCAACUCAAGGCUUGAAUUUUUUUCUUAAGUUCUUUCACCUUGAGAAAUGCUGAGCAUGUUAUUCCUUUCUGGUUUUCUAACUCCAGGUGUUUGCACAUGUCAUUAUAAUAUUUUUACUUUAUCUUCUCGAGCUGCCUUUUGAAAUCUUCUGUUCAGCUCUUGUAUUUCAUCAUUUCUUCCAUUUGCUUUAAGUACUCGAUGUUCAAGAUCAAGUUUCAGAGUCUCUUCUGACAUCCCUUUUGGUCUUUUCUUUCUUCCUGUCUUUUUAUUGACCUCUUGCUUUUUUCGUGAUAAUGUCCUUGAUGUCAUUUCAUAACUCCUCUGGUCUUUGGUCAUUAGUGUUCAGUUUGUCAAAUCUAUUCUUGAGAUGGUCUCCAAAUUCAGGCAGAAUAUACUCAAGGUCAUAUUUUGGCUCUUGUGGACUGUUUUAAUUUUUACUAAAAAAAAAUUUAACUGUUAAAUUCUUUAAAUGUUCUUCAGCUUCAACUUGAACUUGCAAAUGAGCAAUUGAUGGUCUGUUCUGCAGUUGGCACCUGUUGUUCUGACUGAUGAUAUUGAGUUUUUCUAUUGUCUAUUUCUACAAAUGUAGUUGAUUUGAUGGAAACACUGGUGGAGUAGUGGUUAAGAGCUAUGGCUACUAACCAAAAGGUCAGCAGUUCAGAUCCAUCAGGCGCUCCUUAGAAACCCUAUGGGGUAGUUCUACUCUGUCCUUUAGGGUCGGUAUGAGUCGGAAUCAAUGGCAGUGGGUUUUUUUUUUUUAGUUGAUUUGAUUCCUGUGUUUUCUAUCUUGUGAGGUCCAUGUGCAUAGUUGCAGUUUACUGUUGUUGAAAACAGUACUUGCAAUGAAGAAGUCGUUGGUCUUGCAAACUUCUGUCAUGCAAUCUCCAACAUUAUUUCUGUCACCAAGGCCAUAUUUUCCAAACUACUGAUUCUUCUUUGUUCCUAUCUUUUGAAUUCUAAUCACCAGUAAUUAUGAACACAUCUUGAUUGUAUGUGUGAUCAAUUUCUGACUGCCGAAGUUGGUAAAAAUCUUCAGUUUCCUCAUCUUGGCCUUAGUAGUUGAUUCGUAAAUUUGAAUAAUAGUUGUAUUAACUGGUCUUCCUUGUAGGCUUAUGGAUAUCAUCCUAUUGCUGACAGGGUUGUACUUCAGGAUAGAUCUUGAAAUGUUCUUUUUGACCAUGAAUGUGAUGUCAUCUGUCUUUAAUUUGUCGUUCCUGGCAUAGGAGACCAUAUGAUUGUCUGAUUAAAAAUGAUCAAUACUAGUCCCUUUCAGCUUUGUAAUGCCUAGGAUAUUAAUCUUUAUACAUGUCAUUUCAUUUUCAACGACUUUCAACUUUCCUUGAUUCAUACUUCUUACGUUCCACAUUCCUAUUAUUAAUGGAUGUUUGCAGCUGUUUCUUCUCUUUUUAAGUCGUGCCACAUCAGCAAAUGAAAGUCACGAAAGCUUGACUCCAUCCCCGUCAUUAAGGUUGACUCUGCGUUGAGGAGGUAGCCCUUCCCCAGUUGUAUUUUGAGUACCUUCCCAUCUGAGAGGCUCAUCUUCCAGCACUAUAUCAGAAAAUGUUCUGUUGCUAUUCACAAGUUUUUGUGCUGCCAAAUUUUUUCAGAAGUAGACUGCCAACUCCUUCUUCCUAGUCUGUCUGAGUCUGGAAGCUUAGCUAAAACCUGUCUACCAAAGGUGACCCUCGCUGGUAUUUGAAAUACUGGUGGCAAAACUUCCAGUAUCACUACAGCACACAAGCCACCACAGUAGGACAAACUGACAGAUGUGUGGUAACCACCCCUGGUAACCACUAAUAAAUUUUGAUCUCUAUACAUUGCCUUUUUUUUUUUUUCUGUCUUUUUAUAUAAGUGAGGUCAUACUAUAUUUGUCCUUUUGUGAUUGACUAUUUCUCUCAGCAUAAUGUCUUCCUGCUCCAUCCAUAUUGCAGCCUGUAUCAAGACUUCAUUUAUCCCACUGGUUGAGUAGUGUUCCAUUGUAUGUAGGUACCACAUUUUGUUUAUCCAUUCAUCUGUCGAUGGUCAUUUAGGUUGUUUCCAUCUUUUGGCUACUGUGAAUACUGCCGCAAUGAACAUUGGUGUACAAGUCUCUGUUUGAGUCUCUGCUUUUGAAUUUUGUGGGUAUAUACCUAGGAGUGGAAUUGCUGGGUCAUAUGGUCAUUCUAUUUUUAGUUUUUUGAGGAACUGUCACACAGUUUUCCACACUGGCUGUACCAUUUUGCAUUCCCACCAGCAAUAGGUAAGUGUUUCAACUUCUCCACGUCCUCGCCAACAUUUGUUAUUUUGUUUGUUUUUUUUUUUAAUCUUAGCCUUCCUAGUGGGAGUAAAAUGCUAUCUCACUGUGGUUUUGAUUUGCAUGUCUCUGAUGGCGAAUGAUGCUGAGCAUCUUUUCAUGUGUUUGGUGGCCAUUUGAAUGUCCUCUUUGGGUAAAUGUUCAAGUCCUUUGUCCAUUUUAUGAUUGGGUUGUCUUUUUUCAUUCUAGGGCAAAAUUCCUAUUCAUCUCUGAACCUGUGAAAUCUAAACUACAAGUUAUCUAUUCCUAAAGUGCAAUGGUGGAACAGGCACGAAGUAGACAUUUUCAUUACAAAUGGGAGAAACUGGAGGGAAAGAAGGCACAACAGACACUAAGCCCAUUGCUGUUGUGUCAACUCCAACUAUAGUGACUCUAUAGGACAGAGUAGAACUGCCCCCUUUAGUUUCCAAGGAAUAACUGGAGGAUUCAAACUGCCAACCUUUUGGUAAGCAGCCAAGCUUUUAACCACUACACCAGCAGCGUUCCGCUAAUGGGCACUAAGCAAGUCCAAAAUCUAGCAGAACAAUUUAUAUUAACUCUCAAGGCUUGAAAAUAAUCCUGUGUUCUUCGGGACCAUCUGGGCAAUGCCCCACCCUCCAGACUCUGGGUGUUGGCCAUGGUCUCUGGAAUCUGGUUGGAGGCCGCUCGGCCCUGGGCUUCAGCUCUGCCUUCCAGGUCCACUGGGAUGGCAACUCUGCUCCCUUGGCUUUGGGCAAUCCCAUUCUCCUUUUCCAUUGGAUUGGUGACCCCACCCCCUCAGCCCCGGGAGGCCCUGUUCUUCUGCCCCUCUGUCAUGGCAGCCCUGCCCCCUCAGUUUUGGGCAGCGGUGCCAUCCCUCUGGCUCUUGUGAAAGGCAGCCCCACACUCCCAGACCAAGCUGGUGAAGAUCUGACUCUUUUAAACCUAGGAGGCCGCAACUCCAACCUUUGAAACUGAUGCAACCCUGCUUCCCGUGCGCCUUCCAACAGUUUUGCUGAUCUCCAAACUGCUUCAGGGAUGGGGGACAGGAGAUGUAGCUCCUUUGGUCUCUUUCCUACCUACAGAAUUCCAAGAGGCAGAUAGCGUUCUUUCCUUUUGUUCUUCCCCUGUCCCCUUCAGUCUAAGCUGAUGGGUUUUAUGCUGUGGUAGUGGUUAGACCUGUCACAGGCUUAAUCCCUUUAACAAAAGAUUGUAUAGGCACAUACUUGGCGAAAAUUCUAGGACAUGUGUCCUUGAUUUGUACAACACAAUUUUCCAAGUCUUUAAGUUUUGUUUUCAUUUUGAACAGUUCACUGUAAAGUCCAUUUCUUUUCUCUUGCACUUUACUAUAAAAGGCAAGGGGAAACCACAUAGCCCCUUUAAGAUGUUGUUUAGAAAUCUCAUCAGCCAGAUAUACAAGUUCAUCACUUACGAAUUCUACCUUCCACCAAACAUUUGAACAUAAUUCAGAUGAGUUGUUUGCCAUUGCAUAAAAACAUCGUCCUUCCUCCAUUGUGCAAUUGGAUGUUUAUUGUAUUCUUUUAAAGCCUCACCAGAAGCACAUUUAAUGUCCACGUCUCUAUCAACAUUCUUUUGUUGGCACUAUAGGUAUUCUGUAAGGCCGUAGUAGUAAUGAGCUCAAGCAUAACAACGAUUGUCAGGGUGGCGCAGGACCGGGCAGUGUUUCGUUCUGUUGUGCAUAGGGUUGCUAUGAGUCGGAACCAACUCGACGGCAUCUAACAACAACAACACAACAAGGCGUUAGAGACUUUCCCUAUAGCUCACCCCACUGCCUUCUUAGCCCUUACCAGAAUUACCUUUGACGUCCAUAAUUUUACCAACAGUCUCUUCAAGGCAAUGUAAGCUUUUACUAUCAGCCAUCUUAAAACUCUUCCAGCCUCUAUCCAUUACCCAAUUCCAAAACCACUUCCACAUUUUAGGUAUUUGUUAGAGCAGCACUCCCACUUCUUCGUACCAAUUCUGUCUUAGUUAUCUAGUGCUACUCUAGUAGAAAUACCACAAAUGGUGGCUUUAACAAACAAAAGUUUAUUUUCUCACAGUUUAGGAGGCAAGAAGUCCGAAUUCAGGGUGCCAGCUCUAGGGGAAGGCUUUCUUUCUCUGUCAGCUCUGAAGGAAGGUCCUUGUCGCUUUGAGCUUCUACUCCUGGGUGAUCUUCAUGUGGCUUCACUUUCUUCCCCCAUUUAUGUUUACUUGAUUGCUUGUUUAAAAUCUUUUAUAUCUCAAAAAGAGAUUGACUCAAGACACACCCUACACUAGCCCUGUCUCAUUAACAUUACAAAGACAACCCAUUCCCAAAUGGAAUUAUAACCACAGGCAUGUUAUUAUUCAGCCAUAAAAAGGAACAAGGUACAGAUAUAUGGUCGUGGUUGUUGUUAGGUGCUGUCUAGUUGGUUCUGACUCAUUGCUACCCUAUGUACAACAGAAUGAAACACUGCUCAGCCCUGUGUCAUCCUCAUAAUCUUUGGUUAUGCUUGAGCCCAUUGUUGCAGCCACUGAGUCAAUCUCAUUGAGGGUCUUCCUCUUUUUCUCCGACCCUCUACUUAACCAAGCAUGAUAUCCUUCUCCAGGGAUGUCCCUCCUGAAAAAAUGUCCAAAGUAUAUGAGAUGAAGUUUCUAAGGAGCAUUCUAGCUUUCCUGGAAAAGGACAGCAUGGUUGGUAAAGCAGAAAGUGAGCAAAGAAGAGGACGACCUUCCACAAGAUGUAUUUAACACAGUGGCUGCAAUAAUGGCCUGAAACAGAGCAAUGAUUGUGAGGAUUACAUAGGAACCAGGCAGUGUUUCAUUUUGUUGUACAUAGGGUCACUAUGAGUUGGAACCAACUCGAUGGCAUGUAACAAGUACAACAACCAUGUAUCUGUACCUUGUUCGUUUUUAUGGCUGAAUAAUAAUAUACUGUAGGGAAUUUAUCGCAUUUUUAAAGCCCAUUCAUCAGUUGGUGGACAUUUGUAUUGUUUAUAUUUUUUGGCUGUGAUGAGUAAUACUACUACAGACAUUCAGGUACAAGUUUUUGUGUGGACCUAUGUUUUCAACUUUCUUGAGUAUAUAAGAAUGGAAGUUUCUAUUUCUUAUUUAUAACUGCCCCCUCCCCAUUCCCUAUAUGUUACCAUUUUAUUUACAGUCAAUGCUCAUUAAAUUUAUCCACAGUUGACCAGAGUCCUUGCAUACGAUUUUUUUCUUGCUCUUGCUCCCAUUUGUUUCUUCUAGGUAUAAUCCCUUUCUUACCAAGCUCUGCCUGUAGAUGCUAAACUGCCUCAGUUUAUUUCUGAAAAGUCUUGAUUUUGUCCAUCCUCUUGAAUAAGAGAAUUUUAAGUAGACAGUUAUUUUUCUUAAGCACCUUGAAAAUAAUAUUCCAUUAUAUUUUGGUCUCUACUGUGCCAUCUGUGUUUUCCUUUAGAGAAAUUCUGUCUUUUUUUCCCCCAGCUGCUUUUAACAUCUUUUUUCCUUGAUGUCCCACAAUGUACUACAGUAAGUCUAGGAAUGCAUUUCUUUUUAUUUAUGCUGCUUCAAACUCAUUGAGAUUCACUGAAUAUGUAGAGACAUGUCUUUAAUUAAUUCAGAAAACUUCUAAGCAUAGUGUCUUAAAAUGUCACUUCUAUCCUAUCCUUUAUAUUCUCUCUUUCCUCUUUCUGUACUUAUCUUGGACUUUUUCAUUUUAUCUGUCAUAUCUCUUAGUUUCUUUUUCUUAUUUUUCAUAUUUCCUUCACCUCUUUGGACUCCUUCUGGUAAACUUUCUUAGCACUACAUUGCGGGUCUCUAAUAAUUUCUUCAGUAAUUCUUAAUUUGCUAUUUAAUCCAUCUAUUAAACAUUUUAGGGGGAAAAUAUUUCUAUUGAUUUUUUUCAAUAACUUUAAUUUCUAAAAGAUUUGCUUAUUAUUCAAAUUCUCCUAUUCUGUUUUCAGUGUCAUGUUCUUUUCUCAUAAUUUCUAUUCUUUUUUUAAAAAAUCUCUUAAAUAAUUUUAAACGUACUUAUUUCAUAAUCUAUUUCAGAUUGUUCUGUUACACCAAGUUCUUGAGGGACUAAUCCGUCUAAAUGAAUUGGGUUCACACUCUUUUCUAACAUGAUUUUAUUCACUAACUACUUUCUGCCAGUUGCCAUCAGUCAGCUCUGACCCAUAAUGACCCCAUGUGUUUCAGAGUUGAACUGUGCUCCACAGGGUUUUCAAUGGGUGUGAUCUUUCAGGAGCAGACCACCAGGUGUCUCUUCUGAAGUGCCUCUGGGUGGACUCACACCUUCAGGCUUUCAGUUAGCAGUCGAGUGUGUUAACCAUUUUAAUUACCCAGGAACUCCUUUUUCACUAAAGAUAUGUCUGAAUAUUUACAUGUGAAUGUAUUUCUACUAAGUGCUUUUAUUUAUUUUAUUGCGCUUUAAGUGAAAGUUUACAGGGCAAAUUAGAUUCUCAUUCAAAUAUUUAUACACAAAUUGUUUUGUGACAUUGGCUGCAAUCCCUGCAAUGUGCCAGCACUCUCUCCUUUCCCUUUACACCCCAGGUUCCCCGUGUCCAUUCCUCUAGCGUUCCUUUCCCUUCCUGCUUUCUCAUCUUGGCUUUUGGACAGGUGUUGCCCAUUUGGUCUCGUAUACUUGAUUGAACUAAGAAGUAUGCUCCUCAUGUGUGUUAUUGUUUUAUAGGCCUGUCUACUCUUUGGCUGAAAGGUGGACUUCAGGAGUGGCUUCGGUUCUGAGUUAGUGAGGUGUUUGGAGGUCACAGUCUUAGGAGUUCCUCCAGUCUCUGUCAGACCAGUAAGUUUGGUCUUUUUUGUGCAUUUGAAUUUUGUUCUACAUUUUUCUUCUGCUCUGUCCCAGACCCUCAGUUCUGAUUCCUGUCAGAGCUGUCGGUGGUGGUAGCUGGGCACCAUCUAGUUCUUCUGGGCUCAAGCUGGUGGAGGCCGUGAUUCAUGUGGUCCAUUAGUCCUUUGGACUAAUAUUUUCAUUGUGUCUUUGGUUUUCUUCAUUCUUCUCUGCUCCAAAUGGGAUGGGCCCAUAGAUGUAUCUUAGAUGGCUACAUGAAAGCUUUUAAUAUUCCAGACACUACUCACCAAAGUAGGAUGUAGAGCAUUUUCUUUAUGAACUAUGAUAUGUCAGCUGACCUAGAUGUCCCCCAAAACUGGGGUCCCCAUCCCUCAGUCCCAGUAACUCGGUCCCUCGAGGUGUUUGGAUUUGUCUAGGAACCUUCUAUGACUUUCCCUUGGUCAAGUUGUGCUGACGUCCCCUAUAUUGUGUGUUGUCUUUCCCCUCAUGAAGGUUAACACUUGUCCACUAUCUAGUUAGUGAUUUUCCUUCCCUAUGCUUUCCCUCCCUUGUAACCAUCAAAGAUUGUAUUUUUCUGUGUGAAAACGUUUUUGGGUUUUUUUUUUUUUAUUAUUAUUUUUAUUGUACUUUAGAUGGUUUACAGAGCAAACAAGUUUCUCAUUAAACAAUUAAUACAAGUAUUGUUUUGUGACAUUGGUUGCCAACCCUGCUACAUGUCAACACUCUCCCCUUCUUGACCUUGGGUUCCCCAUUACCAGUUUCCUGUCUCCUCCUGCCUUCUCAUCCUUGCCCCUGGGCUGGUGUGCCCAUUUAGCCUCAUUUUGUGUUAUGGGCCUGUCUAAUCUUUGGCUGAAGGGUGAAUCUCAGGAGUGACUUCAUUUCUGAGCUGUAAGGAUGUCCGGGGGCCAUACUUUGAGGGUUUCUCCAGUCUCUGUCAGACCAGUAAGUCUGGUUUUGUGUGUGUGUGUGUGUGAGCUAGAAUUUUGUUCUACAUUUUCCUCCAGCUCUGUCCAGGCCCUCUAUUGUGAUCCCUGUCAGAGCAGUCGGUGAUAGUAGCUGGUCACAAUCUAGUUGUGCUGGAUGCAAUCUGAGGGACUCAGGUACUUGUGGUCUGUUAGUACUUAGGACUAAUCUUUCCCUUGUGUCUUUGGUUAUCUUUUUUCUCUCUUGCUUCAGAGGGGGUGAGGCCAGUGGGGUAUCUUAGAUUGCUGCUCACAAGCUUUUAGACCCCAGACGUCACUCACCAAAGUGGAAUGUAGAACAUUUUCUUUAUAAACAAUGUUAUGCCAGUUGAGCUAGAUGUUCCCUGAGACCAUGGUCCCCAGAGCCCUCAGCCCAAUAAUUUGCUCCUGCAGGGAGUUUGGAUGUGUCAAUGGAACUUCCAUGACCUUGCCGUGGACAGAUUGUGCUGGCUUUCCCAGUAUUGUGUACUGUCUUACCCUUCACCAGAGUUACCACUUAUCUAUUGUCUAUUUAGUGUUUUUUCCCUUCCACUCUUUCCCUCCCUCGUAACCAUCAAGGAUUGUUUCUUUUUUUGUGUAAAGAUUCUCGUGAGUUUUUAUAGUAGUGGUCUCAUACAAUAUUUGUCCUUUUGUGAUUAACUUAUUUCACUCAGCAUAAUGCUCUCCAGAUUAAUCCAUGUUGUGAGAUGCUUUGCAGAUUCAUCAUUGUUCUUUAUUGUUGUGGUAGUAUUCCAGUGUGUGUAUGUACCAUAGUUUGUUUAUCCAUUCAUCUGUUGAUGGGCAUCUAGGUUGUUUCCAUCUUUUUGCUAUCAUGAAUAAUGCUGCAAUGAACAUCGGUAUGCAUAUGUCUAUUUGUGCGACAGCUCUUAUUUCUCUAGGAUAUAUUCCUAGGAGUGGGCUUGCUGGAUCAUAUGGUAUUUCUAUUUAUAGCUAUUUAACCAAAAAGAAAAACCAAUCCCACUGCUGUCGAGUCGAUUCUGACCUAUAGGACAGAGUAGAACUGCCCCCACAGAGUUUCCAAGGAGCACCUGGCGGAUUCGAACUACCGACCUCUUGGUUAGCAGCCGUAGCAUUUAACCACUACACCACCGGGGUUUCCAUAGCUGUUUAAGGAACUGCCAUAUCAUUUUUCCAUAGUGGCUGUACCAUUUUACAUUCCUACCAGCAGUGCAUAAGAGUUCCAGUUUCCCUGCAACCUCUUCAACGUUUAUUUUCUGUUUUUUUUUAAAUCAAUGCCAGUAAUGUUGGUGUGAGAUUUUAUCUCACUGCAAUUUUGAUUUGCAUUUCUCUAAUGGCUAAUGAUCUCGAGCAUUUCUACAUGUGUUUGUUAGCCACCCGAAUGUCUUCUUUGGUGAAACCUCUGUCUAUAUCCUUUGCCCAUUUUUUAAUUGGAUUAUUUGUCUUUUUGUUGUUGAGGUGUUGAAGUAUUCUAUAGAUUUUCAAGAUUAGACCUUUUUUGGAUAUGUCAUAGCCAAUUUUUUUCCCCCAGUCUGUAGGUUCUCUUUUUACUUUUUUGGUGAAGUCUUGAUGAGCAUAAGUGUUUAAUUUUUAGGAACUCCCUCUACAUCGUAUCCCAUCAUGGGGCUAUAAUGCUGUUUACUAAAUUGUUGUUGAAUAUUUAAGUUUUUUUUUUUAAAAGUGUUUGUGAUUAUAAGAAAUACAGACACAUAUGUCCUUUUAACUGAAUCUUCGCCUGUAUCCAUGUUUAUAUUGCUGCAAGUAAAAUAGCUGGGUAAUGCAACAUCUUUUCUGUUUGCUGACCAAUUGAGUUGAUUUCUUCUUGAAUAAUUAUCAACCAGACUCCCUUUCCUAAAUUCUUGUUCCCCAACAUCUAAGGUCCAAAAGACAUGAGUGUGUAUUUAUAUAUGUCUCUUCCCAGAGCUGUGGGUAUCACCCUCUAAUUUUCUCCCAGAGUUACUUAGAGACAGUCUCUAGCACAGCUUUCCUACUUAACUUCACCCUAACAUGGUUAAUAUAGAUUCUAUGUGUCACACGUGUUCAGAGGUUUCAGUAUGUGCAGCAAAGAGAAAGUGUUCUCUGUAAUUACUUUUCAACAUGAAAAAAAAAAAAAAGAGUGCAUAUGCCUCACACUUAUCUACUCCAUUUGCCAGUACCCACUCCCAUCCUGACUCAGCGAACUUAAUGAGAUGAACAGGUGUUAUUUCUUUAAUCUUCAUUAGAAUCCUGUCAGGUUAUAGCUUAAUUUCGGGAGAACUGGAACUGGCUGAAGCAUAGAACUGUGAUGGUAUGGACUAAAAUUUAUGGAAAAAUAUUCAUCGAGCCUUCUGACUUCCAAUUACAGUCUAUCCAUAUUUUUCUAAUACUAUUUACAUAAUAGAGUGCUACAUCAGAUGCCUCCAAAUGAAAUUGGUGUAUUCAAGUUUUUUUGUUCAAGUGUAAAUUAUGCAAAAUAUUGUUUUUAUUCUUGCUUAAGAACAUUGGAAAGAAAUGUUAUGCUAUAGUUCCAAGAGAUUAUUAAUUUUGUUUUUCAUAAUGGUGUUAAAAUUAUGUAAGAGUAUGCCAAUUUUUAUAGAUAUGUAUAUUGAAGGAUACGGGGGUGAAAUGACAUGAAGACUGAGAUUUGCUUUAAAAUUCAGGGGAGAGAUGGGGAAGGACAUAUAUAUGGAUAGUUGAAGCAAAUAUGGCAAAAUUUGUUGAAUUUGUGUGUUGGGAUUAGUGUACUAUUCUCAUUCCAUUUGACAGUUUCAUAAUUUAAUAAAAAUGUGGGUUUUGUUCUUAAUGAGAGAGAUGAAUGAAUGAAUGAAUGUCCUGUUGCGACUCUGGGUUAAAAAGAAAAAGUCAAAAGGAAACCUGUCUGAUAAAGGGAGACACUUGGUUAAAAUUUGCUUGUUAUGAAUUAGCUUCCUGCUGCCAUCUAAUGGCACAUAUUUGGGUAUGUAUGCAUAUAUACAUACCAAAAAAAAACCAAACCCAGAGCCGUUCAGUUGAUUCUGACUCAUAGCGACCCUAUAGGACAGAGUAGAACUGCCCCAUAGAGGUUCCAGGGAGCGCCUGGCGGAUUCAAAUUGCCAACCCCUUGGUUAGCAGCCAUAGCACUUAACCACUAUGCCACCAGGGUUUCCUAUAUAUACAUAGAUGCACACAAAACACACACACACACAGAAUCUACAUUGCUAUAAGCCUGUGUCUGGGUUUUAAUGAAUUCUUACAAUUUCAUUGUUUUAGGAUGUUAAUACUGGAAGGGCUAUUAGAGAUUUUCAUGGUUAAUUUUAAAUGUCAACUUCGUUAGGCUAUGGUGCCCAGUUGUUUGGUCAAAUACUAGUCUGAUGUUGCUGUGGAGGUAUUUAUAUGUGAUUCCCAUUUAAAUCACUUGGCUUCAAGUAAAGCAGAUUACCCUCCAUAACGUGAGUGGGCUUCAUCCAAUCAGUUGAAGGCCUUAAGAGCAAAACUGGAGGUUUCCUGAGGGAGGAUUCUGCCCCCAGGCCAUAAACAGAUAUUCUGCCAGAAUUCCUUGCUCUUCCUUACUGCCUGACUAUGGAGGUGGGACACAAGACUGCCAGAAUUUCCAGCUUGUUGCCUGGCCUAUGGAUUUUGGUCUUUUCAACCCCCACAAUCACCUGAGCCAAUUCCUCAAAAUAAAUUUCUCUCUCUCUCUCCCUAUAUAUAUCUUUGUCUUGGAAGAAGUGCAGCCAGAAUGCUCCUUAGAAGCAAGGAUGGUGAGACUAUGUCUCACAUACUUUGGACAUAUCAGAAGGGAUCAGUUUCUGGAGAAGGACAUCAUGCUUGGUAAAGUAAAGGGUCAGCAAAAAAGAAGAAGACCCUCAGCAAGAUGAAUUGACAUAGUGGCUGUAACAAUGGGCUUAAGCAUAGCAACAAUUAUAAGAAUGGUGCAGGACUGGGCAGUGUUUUGUUCUGUUGUGCACAGGGUCCCUGUGAGUGAGAACCAACUCAACGGUACCUAACAACACAACAUACAUAUAUAUCUUACUGAUUUUGUUUCUUGAGAGAAUAGUGAUUAACACCAAGAUCAUAUAAGCUAUCUUUUUCAUUCUACUGCUAAGAAAUUGAGUAAAACAUAUAUAUCUCCCCCUGUUAGGGAUUGAAUUGUGUCCCCCCCAAAAUGUGUAUCAUCUUGGCUAGGCCAUGAUUCCCAGUAUUGUGGGAAUUUUAUCAUCUGAUGUGAUUUUCCUAUGUGUUGUAAAUCCUACCUCUAUGGUGUUUAUGAGGCAGAAUUAGAGACAUUCGUGUGAAUGAGGCAGGACAAGAUUAGAUUGUCUUAAAUCAAUCUUUUUUGAGAUAUAAGAGAGAAGCUAGCAGAGAAACAGUGGGACCUCAUACCACCAAGAAACAAGAGCCAGGAGAAUAGCACAUCCUUUGGACCUGGGAUCCCUGUGCUGAGAAGCUCCUUGACUGGGGAAGAUUGAUGACAAGGACCUUCCUCCAGAACAGAGAGAGAGAGAGAAAGCCUUCCCCUGGAGCUGGUACCCUGAAUUUGGACUUCUAGACUCCUAAAAUGUAAGAGAAUAAAUUUCUCUUUGUUAAAGCCACCCACUUAUGGUAUUUCUGGUAUAGCAGCACUGGAUAACUAAGACACCCCCGAUAAGCAUCUUUUUAUCUCAUCUCAUUUUUAAGAGAUUAAAAAAAAAACAUGCAGAUGUUGCUAUAAUUUUAUACGUGAAUCUGAGGCACAGAGAGGUUAAGUGACUUGGCUACUUUUGAAAAGCUAGCUCUGAAAUGACCUCUUUCUUGAAUCCAGGUCUUUUGACAUCCAGCCCAGAACUGCUUCUGUUGUAUUUCCUAGUUCUAGUCCUUAAAACAUAGAAUGAAAAGUUAUUAACAUUACUGAAAUUUGAGUAGGGAAAUUGAAACUAUCUUAUAAAAAAAAAAUUAAGACCUAAAUUUUAAUUCUGAUAUCACAAAUUUUGUUUCCUGGCUCCAAAAUACACAAUGAAUCUUCAAAUUCAAAAUUCAGUAGUGAAAUGUUUAAACCUGGGUUCAGCAGUUCAUAUCAUCCUUUAUAUUAAAAGUGAGAUUUUAUUUACAAGACAUAGAGAGCUGGAUGCCUUGUAUAUAGAAUUAUAUAAUUUUAUAAUUCAAAAUCUAUUUUUUCUAACCUGUAUACCUAUUUCUUUGACAAAUUAUCCUCAUCUACUUCUCUAAUCUUAUUUCUGACUGCUCACCCUCUCUUGGCUGUAAACUAAUCUCAAUUUCCUAAGUAUUCUAAGUGCUUCUCUUUGUCUUACUGCUCUUUCCUCUUCUUUGAAUGAUGCUGCUUCACGACCAAGCUUGAAUUCUACCUUCUCCACUUCCAAUGAAGUCUUCCUUAAUAGCCUCCAACAAGAAGUUUUGCUCUUUUGAAUCUUCUAACUGUUUUGCUUGUAUUUUGUUCAUGGAAUAUAUCACAUUCUGUGUAGUUAUCUGUUGAUCCUCCUCUUCUAGAUUGUAAGAUUUUUGAAGUCUGGUUCAUUUUUGUGUAACUCAUAGUGCCAGACACAGUGGCGUGAAUAAAUGUUUGAUAGGAUAGUCCACUUUAUGGAGUAAUGUCAGGAGUGAGGAAUAGAUCAGAGAAAACAAGUGUGGCUAUCAAAAAGUCAGGGAAGAUGCUGAGUCAGUUACUGAAUAAACAAGCAGGUAGCAUCAUGUCAGAGAAUCAGAAAGAUGCCACAAGAGAGGUGAACACAAGGAUUACAAGAGCAUCUUAGAACCUAAUGCUAGUGGGUUCAGGGAUCCUUCAGGAGUUGAAGGGAUGGGGUAAGCAUGAAAACAAAACCAAACGCCACUAUCUAUGGUAUAUUGCAAUAGGGGCCAAAUAUCUCUGCAAGAGCUGCGCCCAGUUCAAGCAUGUGUGCAACACAAGUACAGAAUGUUAGAAUCAAAAAACUAAUUUCAUGAUAAGCUACUCCAUUGCUUUAUCCCAGGGAGCUUGCAUCAUUGUGAAGGUCAGGAAUAGAUUCAUAAGUCCAGCCAAUCUAGGACCCGCUUGGAGAGAUAAGUGGAAAUACUUGGCUAGAGUAGGGGAAUGUAGGCUUGCACAGUCUCUGACAGCCAGACGAUAACCUCAGCAAGUUUGUGCUUGUUUAAUGGAAGGCCAGCCUUCAGACCAGAUUCAUUUGCUAUUUAGUAGGUCAGAAUACUGAAAUGGACAAUUAAAAAAAAAGAAUAAUUCACUAUCUCUACCCUCAAAGUGCAUACAGAUUUGUGGGGAAAUGAAAUACAUUCAGGAACAAAUAGGCAAAAAUUCAAAUGUAAGAUGACUAUUGGAAAGUUCAAAGGAGAGCAAUCAUUAUGGGCAAGAGUAUGGAGAGAGAUAUUCUGAGAGAGGUAACCUCCAAGGCAAUGUUAACUCAAAAUGUGAUCCUUGGGCUGGCAGCAUCAGCAUCACCUGUGAGCUUGUUAUAAAUGCAAAUUUUCCAGAACUUUCUAAAUCAGAAUCUCUGGGAGGUGGGGCCAAGGAACCUGUGUUUUAAUAUGCUCUCCUGAUGAUCAAUUAGCAUGGGUCAUUUUUUCACUUUCUUCAUAUGCCUUGUUUUUUUUUUUUUGGCUGGGACAUUUAGAUAUUAUACUGUGGUAACUCUGGAGAUUCACUUCUUCCAUUUCCCUAUGGUUUGCUUUUUUUCAUUUUUAUGGUUUUUAUUAUUAUUAUUUUAAAUUACUGAAAGUUGUAGUUUUCUGCUUCAACACCAGACUCCCUAUCUAGGUCCACCUGUUGUGGCCACUUCACUACUGGUCUCCCUGCUUUGGGCGUGCUGGCUGUCACUGCUUCACGUCUAGACUCCCUGAGUGGGGGCACUGGUCACGCUGCUCCAGUACCAGACUCUCUGCCUUGGAGCACCUGGUGUGGCCCCUGCACUGCUAUGCUCCCGUACUGGGGAUGCUAAGUGUGCUGCUCCAUUACCAGACUCUCUGCCUUGGAGCACCUGGUGUGGCCCCUGCACUGCUAUGCUCCCGUACUGGGGAUGCUAACUGUGCUGCUCCAGCACCAGACUCUCCACCCGCAGUGCCAGCUGUGGCACUCCAGCAUCUCUUGGUGAUUCUUAUGCAUGUUAAAGUUUAAGAAGCACUGCCCUAAGGAAUAGAAAGGAGAAUAGAAAUCAAUACCAGGAAGUAGAAAAGGAGAAGAGGGAAUUACAAAUAGUAAGUGGUGAAGAAGGCUUCAAUUAGAGAAAAGUGUAAGAUAAUGUUGGGAAGAUUGUUGGGACCAAAUUAUGAAAGUAUAACUUUCAAUGCCUUUAGUCAGGAACUAGGAGUCCGUAGGAGUAAGAACAGGGCAAAUAAGAAAGCAGCAUACACCCCUGGCAUGCCAGGCUAAGAAACUUGACUUCCAGUCCUUCUAGUCCAUUCCAGGUGAUCUCAUCCAGCCAAUUACAGCAGCAACUUGUAAGCCACCUUUGGUUUUCAUGGAAAUUCAAGUCCCUGUUUGUAAUCUGGCCCAGCCAUUGCUCAUGCUGAUGAUUGUAUUCCAGUGCUUCAUCAAAAUUGUCAUGUUAUCUCUGGACUUUUGUUAACUGAAGACCCAAUCAUAUAAUGGUGUAUUUAAGGUGCAGUUUUAAACUAGGAUUUACUGUAGUAGCUUUCUCCUGAAGCAUGGUUGUUUAAUUACACUCAAUUGUAUUUUUAAAAUAACUCUAAAAAAUUGUCCUAAAAGUUUAUUCUAAAUUGUUCUCUAGUUGUUCUAAGUGUGUGCCAGCCUCAUUUCCCAGACCAUGUGCUUUUUGAAAGCAAAGGUCUUGCCAUAUGCUUGUUUUGAGUCCUCCAGCCAGUAGUGCUAGGAACUUGGGGACUUACUAAUUAACAACAAAUUAUGGGGAAAAUGGGAUUUCCUGUAGUCAUAUGCUGUAGAGAUUUGGUAGUAGCACACAGAAAGAACCCUAAUUGUUUGAGCUAUUACACCCCAAAGAAUGGCUGAAGCAAAACUUCUUUUAAAAUGGGGUUAACUGGGAAGGUGACAAUUGAAAUAUUGAAAGAUACUGCGAGGACAGACAUUGUGUGAAAUAGUGGAACCCUUAGAAGAUACUCUAGAAGAUGUCCAAGGAGGUCAUAAUCAAGACUAGAGACAUUGAAGAUGGGGACUCACACAACAAAGAAGAGCAAGGAUCAGGUCAAAAGGCAAGCACAGGAGGUUGUUCAAAGAAUUCUGAUAAAAGUAACAUGGAGUUCAACCUGAAACCAGGAAGUGGAAGACCUCAGUAUGUCCCCUACAACAUCUGCCAACAACGUCUGCCUUUGUGUUAAAAGAAGGCUGGAGCAGGGAUUAAGCUAAAGAAUGGGGACCAGUUUCCUUUCUUUGUGCCCCAGUUCCCUUUGUAUACACCCUCCAUUCUGAGUCAUCUCUGGUUCUUGGAGCUAAAAUGUACAGCAUUCAUCCUGUAGAGAAGCACACGUUGCUUGGACACGGCCAAAGGAUAACCAAGAGACCCCUAAACCAAAAAGCCAAACCCGUUGUCGUCGAGUCAAUUCCGACUCAUGGCCACCCUAGAGGUGACACUUAAUGAGAAUCAAGUGUAUAUAAAAUAGCCUAUGCAAUCUUAGCCUAAUGAGACCAAAAUUGAAUUUAACAACAAUUUUAUUUUUUCUGUCAUGAGGCAGAACUGUGAUAGAAGAGUGACUCAGUGACAAGGUUUUAGACACUUAGGCCAUAGUGAUUGCAAGUGGUUGUGAGCGUUUCCCUCCUUGGGCCUUCUUAGAAAUGCAGCUCUGACUAUAAAAGAUUUCCUGGGAGCUUCUGCCACCUAGUGCCUAGUGAGAGGUCAUGCCACCCACCCACUUGCCAUUGCUUCUUUCCUGUGUGUAUGCAUAUUGAUUCAGUGUGAGAAAAUGAUAGUCAGCAGGAGAGAGCUGAAUGUAGCAGAUAUAUAACAAAUUCUGUAAAGAUUAAUGAAAGAGAAAUUGGGAAAAUAUAGUUAAAUAGACCCCAAAGUAUGCACAAACCAACAAGUUUCCUUUCUUACCUUUUGCUUAUUUCUCUCUGUCCCAACCUUUCCCUACAAGAAAUGUGAAGCCAGUCCUUAAACUGUUCUUUCACUGGUCAGGCGCUUGUAUUUUGUCCCUUUCUCCUAUUCUAUCCCUGUAGAGAAUGUUCAUUGAACUGUGGGAACAAAGCAGGUCUGAUUGAAAUUCUCUAUAGAACUCAGUAGGUUAUAUAUACUCUACACACAUGCAGUCGCCAUGAGUCGGAAUGAAUUCGAUGGCAACUAAGAACGACAACAACAAUAUUCAUGUUCUUUUUUUUUUUAAAGGGUUUUUAUGAUGAUAGAAUAGAAACUUUGGAAUGUAUAAACCAAAAAAACCAAACCCAGUGCCGUCGAGUCGAUUCUGACUCAUAGUGACCCUACAGGACAGAGUAGAACUGCCCCAUAGAGCUUCCAAGGAGUGCCUGGCGGAUUUGAACUGCCGGCCCUUUGGUUAGCGGCCAUAGGACUUAACCACUAGGCCACCAGGGUUUCCAUUUGGAAUGUACAGAAAAGUAACAAGGCCCCUAUGCCUGCCCUUAGAUUACUAUUUGUCAUCUUGUUGCUGUUGAGUCAACGCUGACUCAUAGAGACCUUAUAUAUAGCUGGACUAGACGUUGCCUGGUCCUGCACCAUCUUCAUGACUAUUGUUAUGUUUGAGGCCAUUGUCGUGGCUAUUCUGUAUUUUGAGAGCCUUUCAGCCUAGGGGGCUCAUCUUCCAGUACUGUAUUGGUCAGUGUUCUGUAGUGAUUCGUAAGGUUCUUAUUGGCUAAUUUUUGAAAGAUCUGUAGGCCUUUCUUCCUAGUCUGUCUUGGUCUGGAAGCUCUGCUGAAACCUAUCCAUCAUGCAUGACCCUGCAGAUAUUUGAAAUACUGAUGGCAUAGCUUCCAGGACCAUAGCAACAUGCAAGCCACCAGAGUAUGACAAACUAACAGAUAAAAAAAAAAAAAAAAAACAGAUGGUGGAUUACUUAUAUUUUAGGGGAUACCAAUUGGAGGGUGGGUUAAGGUAAGAAAUUCUGGAAUGGGAAGGCAGAAUUAUUGUAGAAAAGGAUAAAAGAGCUUCUAUAAGGGUCUAGUGGAGCUCUGGUGGUACAGUGGUUAAAGCACUCAGCUGCUAACCAAAAGGUCAGUGGUUAGAACCCACCAGCUGCUCCGUGGGAGAAAGACGUGGCAGUCUAUUUCUGUAAAGAUUUACAGCCUUGGAAACCCUACGGGGCAGUUCUACUCUGACCUGUAGGGUAGCUAUAAGUUGGAAUCCACUCGAGGGCAGUGGGUUUGAUUUGGUUUUAUAAGAGUUCAGUUAAGGAUCACACUUAGACCUUUCUGUCUCUGCUGUCCUUCAAAUGCUGCCCCUUUAAGUGCUUACUCCUUUGGGGCUUUUCUCUAAUACCACCAUUCACGUUCUCACAGUUAUCUGGCCUCAGGCUUGCAAUUGCUUAGGGAUUUGAGCACUAGGAUUGGACUGGGAUGACGUGAUGGUGCUGGGCUGAAUGCCUGCUCCAGGACCACUGCUGCUGCUAUUGCUGCCAGACCCUGAACUGGAAGAACAGCUGCUCAGAGAGGUCCAGACGCUACGUGCCGCAGUAGCACCCUGGCUGCAUCUGGUAUCCUGCUUUGGCUUCAUCCGGCAUCUCUGUGAUGAGAGGUCAAGAGAAAACAUCAUAACCUGCUGAAAUAACAGAUCCAUUAAGUUAUUUUUAAAUAUAUAAAAGUAAAAAAUAAGAAAACAAAUGGUUCAUAAUCCCACCUCCUAGCUAACCUCUCUUGACAUAAUAGGCAUAGACUUAGUAGAUUAGUAUAGAAAAGUUUGAAAUGAAAAGUAAAUAGCCUCUCUUCCCUGCAGUUCCUCUUUCCAAAGAUUAGCUUAUUAUGUACCCCCCCCCAAUAGUAUGUAUAUAAAUUUGGAGGGACAUAAUAAGUUUUUCUAAAACACCAAUCCUAAAAUUUAUGUAAAAUGGAUUUUUACUGUUCAUUCUUCUGCUCUUUGGUUUUUCACUUCCUAUUCCUUAGAGAUAUUUCCACACCAGCAGGUAUAGAUCUAAUACCCUUUAAGGGUUGCAUAAGAUUACAUUUGUAAGACAGCAUAAUUUAUUUAGUUUAUUCCCUACUGGUGGACAUUUGGAGCGCUGGUAGUUCAGUGGUGAAGACUGGCUGCUAACCAAAAGGUUGGCAGUUUGAAUCUAUCUGCCGCUCCUUGGAAAACUUGGGGGGCAGUUCUACUCUGUCCUACAGGGUUGCUAUGAGUCAAAAUUGACGGCAGUGGGGUUUGUGUGUGUGUGUGUGUGUGAUGCACUAGUAUUUCACUAGUACAAUAUUGCAAUGAACAUACGCAUAUAACUGUCUUGAAAUAUUUUUGCUGGUAGAAUCUACAGGAUACAUUCCUAGGAGUGGCAGUGCCAAAUCGUACAGUUAAUAACAUUUUUAAAAAGGUAUUGGUAGAUUUUGUCAAAUUGUCCUUUCAAAAAGAUUGUACAAAUUUAUACUCUCACCACAAUGUGGAUGAGGUUGAACAACUUUUUACGGGCAAAAUAGCAAUUACUUCUUUUUCUGGGAACUGCUCCUUGAUAUUAUUUGCUCAUUUUUCUACCAGGCUUAACCCUUUCUUUUAUUGAUUUGGCUGGACUGUAUACAUAAAUGAAAUUAGUCUUUUGUCUGUUUUGAAAAUAUUUCUCCAGUUUGUCUUUUGUGUUUUAAUCAUGUCUUUAUUGGUUUUGUUUGGUGUAGUUUUUGAGACAGAGAAAUUUUAACAUUUGUUGUUGUUAGGUGUCAUCAAGUUGGUUCCAACUCAUAGCCACCGUAUGUACAACAGAACAAAACACUGCCCAGUCCUGUGCCAUCCUCACAGUCGUCGUUAUGCUUGAGCUCAUUGUUGCAGCCACUGGGUCAAUCCAUCUUGUUGAGGGUCUUCCUCUUUUUCAUUGGCCCUCUACUUUACUAAGCACGAUGCCCUUCUCCAGGGACUGAUUCCCUCCUGAUAACAUGCCCAAAGUAUGUGAGACAUAGUCUCACCAUCAUUGCUUCUAAGGAGCAUUCUGGUUGUACUUCUUCCAAGACAGAUUUGUUCUUUCUUUUGGCAGUCCAUGGUAUAUUCAAUAUUCCUCACCAACACCACAAUUCAAAGGCAUCAAUUCUUCUUCCGUUUUCUUAUCCAUUGUCCAGCUUUUGCAUGCAUAUGAGGUGAUUGAAAACACCAUGGCUUGGGUCAGGCACAUCUUAGUUUUCAGGGGAACAUCUUUGCUUUUCAACACUUUAAAGAGGUUUUUUGCAGCAGAUUUGCCCAAUGCAAUACGUUUGAUUUUUUGACUCCUGCUUCCAUGGGUGUUGAUUGUGGAUCCAAGUAAAAUGAAAUCCUCAACAACUUCAAUCUUUUCUCUGUUUAUCAUGAUUUUGCUUAUUGGUCCACGUGUGAGGACUUUUGUUUUCUUUAUGUUGAGGCAUAAUCCAUAUUGAAGACUGUGGUCUUUGAUCUUCAGUAAGUGCUUCAAGUUCUCUUCACUUUCAGCAAACAAGGUUGUAUCUGCAUAACGCAGGUUAAUGCACCGUCCUCUGAUCUUGAUGCCCCGUUCUUCUUCAUAUAGUCCAGCUUCUUGGAUUAUUUGCUGAGCAUACAGAUUGAAUAGGUAUGGUGAAAGGAUGCAACCCUGAUGCAUACCUUUCCUGACUUUAUAGUAGAGAAAUUUUAACAUUCAUAUAGUCAAAUUUGGUACAGUGUCUUUAGGCUAGUGGGAUUCGUGUCUUAUUUUGAAAGGCCUUCCUCACUGCAAGAUUAUAAAUAAAUUCGCCCAUGCCUAAAAACAAACAAAAUUUCUGUUACUAGAAAAGUCAUAUUUUCAAUGAAGAAAAUUUAUAAAAUGUAUGUAAGCAAAAAGAAAAAAAAUCCUGUAAUCUAAUUGCCAGAGAUAGUCACUAUGAAAU